CGAGAGCCCAGCAAAGGCGGACGAGCGCGAGGGCGGGAAAAAGCUCGCGGGCGGCCUGGGCCAGCGACGUCUUUCCCGGGAGUCGCUCCGCGCCCCCUCAGGGGACUUUCCCGCCCAGCGUCUUUUGGGCUGCGCGCGGCGAGUCUGUGCAGCUCCCGCGCCUUUUUAUAUGGCGCUAGGACCCAGGCGAGUCUGUCUCUCGUGAGUCAGUUGCCGCAACAGCAGCGGCGGCGGCGGCUCGGUCGGAGUUGAGCGAGAGCGCCGUGGAUGAGGCUGCGGCGCGCGCGCGAAGUGAAUGGCUCGCGUGCGUUGGGAAAGUGGCCACGGAGCGAGGCGCUCGAGGAUCCCGUGCGUGAGCCUGCGCGACGGCGCCUAUAGCGGCGGCAGCAGCAGCAGCAGCGGCGGCAGCAGCAGCUCCUAGGGGGGCCUCUCUCCACCUGCCCGCGGUCGCAGCGCUGAGGUGAGUCGCCAGCCCGCCUUGGGCCAAUGGACGCAGCAGGCGCGUGAGGAGAAGUUGCUGCUGGGCUGCCCGGGCGCGGAGCGGCCGGCCGCAGGGGACGCCAGCCAACUCCCAAGCCCGCAGGCUGCGGUCCCGGGGCUGUCACUGGAAAUGAAGGUCCCUCGUGGGGUUGGACCAAGAAAGCCCAGCAGCCUCUGGGAUGAGCGAAGAUUAGUGGCGCGUCUUUCUCUGGGUAGCCGCAGCCCCGUCCGAAAGUCGAGGCUUAGAGGGCGCAGUGGUCCCUUAUCAAAUAAAUAAAUCCAUAAACGGCGUGAGUAGCCCGUUUUCGCCUAGUUCCGCGUAUGGUCGCACAGGGGGAAAAAAUGCCUAUGGCAUUCUGGUGUAAAUCAGGGCACAGGCUGUGGUUCUCUCGCGCUGUUUUUACACUUUUUAAAGCCCCCAGACACGUACAGGGUUGAGUUCCCCUCCAGCUACAAACUCCCUGCUGGGACAGGAUGGAAACUGACGGUACUCAUUGAUUUAUGGUUUGUGAUUAAGCUUUUCCCCCCACCCCUGAAAGCGAAUGCCAGGCAGAAGGGGAAAGAGGCGAGCAGAUGAGCGGGAGGGGGUUGUUUUGUUUUUGUAGCUCCUUGGGACAGUUUGUGGAUCUGUUUCUUCCACCCCUUAACUUUUGAGCAUUGCCUUGUCCGGUGGGAAACCUGCAGGAAAGAAAUGGAUAUAUGAAUAGUGUGCUUGUCCGGCUGGUUUUUCCCCAAAUUGUCACAAGCUUGGAAAUUUGUGAGCAUCGAAGUGUAUUACUGUAAAUCCUUUGUAUAAGCUAGGUGUGGGUUUUCUCUUGUACUGCAUAACGUAGCCUUGUACCUUAGCUUAACUGAAAACAUGCAUCAGAACUUUGUUGUUAAGUUGCAGGAAGAGAUUCUGUCUAGAACUCCUCAUGUUAGCUUUACUUUAUCUUACCUGGUUCCAGUGAUGCUCCCAUUGUUUGAUCGACAUUCCAUCAUUAAAUAAUUCCAUGGCACUGUACUGCUAUAAAAUGAGGAACGUCAUUAUGGUCCAUGAAAUUGUAUUAUUGGGGGUGGGGUGGGGAGUCAGGCAUUUGCCUACAGGACAAAAAAAGAUAAUAAGGACCAACAGCCAAAUGGGUUGGAUGAGUCAUAUAUUGAGCCAAAGAUGAUCAGGACCUUAACAUCAAGUAUCUGAAUCAUUGCUUAACAAUCUUUGAAACAUCUGGAGACAUUGUUCAGUGAUACAGUCACUUUCAAAGGAGUAUGUGGAAUUGGGAUAACGAUAAUUCAGCAACUUGAGAAAUGCAGAGAACUCACCCUUAAGGGACAAAAUCUGUUUCACAAGAUGCUAGGAGAGGAAGUCAUGAAGUUUCUGUUGCUCAUUACUUUCUCCUAGUAUUAGGUAAGCACAACUUUGCUCAGAAGCAACCUUGCUCUUCUUCUUUUAGUUCUCUGUUUUCUCAUUUUAAAAAUGGACAGAAAGCUAAAGAGUUGUGAAAUUGUGUCUGUUCAACUUGCUUCAAAGUGUCAAAGUUUCAAUUCAAGAAAACUAACUUGUUUCUGAAUGGAAAGUGCUUAUCCUUUACAGUACAACAUACAAAGAUAAAUUCAGCUGGUAUAUUAUGAAGUCUGAACUUGUGUUGGUGAGAUAGAUCCCACUUGUUGAUGCAGAUUUGUUUUGCUUCUGUACACAUUAAAAUUCUGUGUCACUUGCAUGUAUUUCAAAGGGGGGGAAGUCUGUUUCAAGACUCACGUACAGAUCGCUGUAGUUUGUUUUCUAAGCAUCAGUUUAAAGAAGAGGUGUAUUUAUUAUUUGUACUAAACAAUUUAAUUCUGCUUGUAUUGUGGUUGUGUUUCAACUGUUGAAAAUGAAACUGUUUCAUUUUUGCUUAAACACCAUAAAGUGUAGCAUGCAUGGAAAUACAGUAGUACAAAAUUCAGUUCUGUCACAUAAUGUCAGUCCAGGCCAGGCUGAUGGAGCUCUCCCAGACCAUCCAUUACAGUUUUUGAAAAUGUCACUGUUUAUCAUGGCCAUUUAAAGCAGUGGUGACCUCUGCUGGCAAUUCCCAUCUAAAAAAUAUGUGCUGAAUUCAGCCAUCUGAUAAACAUGAAUUGUUCCUGAUUGAUUUAAUAACAUGCAUUAAAGUAGGUUGGCUAAUAAAACCAUGAAGUUCACUUACACAGUUGUAAUGACAUUAAUGGAGUUUGCUUCUAAGUAAGCGUACAUAGGAUAAAGUUGUAAAAAAAAAUCCCUAUUCUACCACCUCUCCACAUGUGUUCUUCAGUUUUGUACUAUUUUGUGAGCUAGAUUACACAUAUAGAUUCCAUUUUUUUGGUUUAUGUUGCUUGCCAGAAACACUGUCUGUUUUCGAGGUGAAGGAGUAGUUUUAAUAAUAUAACAAAAUUUCAGGGGGAAGACUGUUCCACAUGAAUAUCUGGCAUUUCAGAUGGAAAUAGUUUACUUUGUUAUUGGUUAAACAUUAAGCAAUCCAUGGUCUGGAAUUAAUUCACCUAUAGAAGCAGGGGGAGAUUCUCUGCUUUUUGGGGUUUUUUCUCUUUCUCUUGGCCUUUGUAUGAUUACCAGAAGACAAAAGAGAUAGAUAUACAGUUGAGUUACAGGUAGAUGAGAGAGAACUUACUCGUGCGUACACAUGCAGCUGUCUUGCAGUUAAUGGUGCUUGCCUAAUUUAACCCUGCUUUGGUCUUCUAGCAUUAACAUUAGUGGAAAUAGUAGACCACCCAUAAGACUGUAAAUGAUAGCAAAAACUUUGUAGUAAUGAACAUGAGAAUGCAGAGGUCUUUAUAGAAAACAACUGCAAUACGCACACACAUCUAUACAUCAAAAUUAGUUUUUGUCUACCAAGGCAAUAAUUCAAUGUUGGCUCAGAAUCUUGAGAUUUGGACUUGAUAAUAGCUACUGUGCUUGGAAAAUCAGCUUCUGGAUAACAGAAAAUAGCCAAAUGGUGCUGUUUUAAAUAUUGAAAGCACUCAGAGAGUUUGUUCAAAUGGUAGAUUCCCCAAUACUGAAGUGUUAAACUAGAAGUAGAUGAUAAAAAUGUAGAGAGGUGUAAAUGAAUGUAAAAGUACCUAAGGAAAGAUUUUAUCUGCUUUAUCUUGUUAAGUCAGUUGGAUACAUUUUAAGUAGACUAAUAGAUGCAAUAAUGAUAAUUCAGUGAGUUCCCAUUUGCUAUAAUUGUGUCUUCCAGUUGGAAUCAGCAAAGAGAUCAAAAUGCAGCCCCUUUGAGACAGAGGGGGAAAGCAAAAUAACAACAACACAAAUAUCAGUAAAUCCCAUGGCAAUCUCUAAAACAUGCUAUCCUGUAUAAGUCAGUUCAAAAUUAAUUCCCAUUGAGUUUCCAGGUCAGAGUGAAUAAGACUGCAGCCUAAAAAGUGAAAAGGCAGUAGCAGUUUGUUGUUGGCAUCUGUCCGUCUUGAGAGAGAAUGGAGUGGGCAUUAGCAGCCCUGAAGUGACCUCUUCAGGCCUCAGCAGUGUGUAUGGAGGUCCUGGGCUUGGCUGCAGGAGUUGCCGGUAGGAGGUGUACGAGGCCCUAUCUUAGAGACUGCACUCCAAGUUUGUGUAGGGUUUAUUUUUUAGCCUUUCCUUCUCUUAAAUAUACCCCACAAGGCAGCGGAGGCUUAGGAUCAGAGUUUUCGUUCUCCUAGGUAAGCUACCUUCCCAGGUUGACGAGCCCCAUCUGCCCCAGUACAGCAGAAUAGAAUGAUAAUCUGCAAAAAGACUGCUGAAAUUAUGCAUUCUUCACCCCCCAUUUAAAAGUGUGGUACAAACCUCUCAUGGGAGAGGGUACCAGUUCUUGGCUGCUGAACUAAAUGUCUCAGAAAUGUAGGGGAGAUUGUAGGGAUUCUUGAGAAAUACUGGCCCCAGGCCAUUUGGGGUUUCAGAGGUCAAAACCAGCUCCUUGCAUUAAGCCUGGAAACAAGAUCAGUUAAGCUGGUACAAGAUCUGUGUAAUAUGAACUGAUUGACUGGCUCCUGUCCAAGCUUCUGGUUGCUGAAAUCUGAAACUUCCAGAUUGUCUUCAAGUGCAGCCCCACAUAGUGAACAUUAAAGUGGUCUGAUCUGAAGGUGAAUGACUGAGACCAGGUCUGGUUUAUCAAAAAGAAAGAAAGAGAAAGGGACAGUUAUCAUGUAAGCUGGAAGGACGUAUUUCCUGCAACCACUGCCACCAGAAUAUUGAACCAUCACAUUUCUAUCUAUCUAGAGUUAACAGCCCUAGUCCAGAUUUGUUUACUCUUCUGUGGUAUCUUCUAAAGUGCAUUCAUACACCUCAGGUGGGGGGGCUAGAAUAAUAGAAUUGUAGAGUUGGAAGGUAUCCCAAGAGUCAUCUGGUUCAACCUUGUGCAAUGCAGGAAUUAACAUAACUUCAAGAAGAACCAGCAAUCCUGGACCAAAUUGGAGAGGCAUCUUUUACAUUUGCAAUAUUCCCUUUGCUUAAUGUAAACAAACUUCUAUUUCCUUCUUCUUGUUAUGGGUUCAAUUCAACUGAGCCACAGUGUCCUAAAAAUGUUCUUUGCCUUUGCAGUUACCCUCACGAUCGAAAAUUAAAGAUGAAAUUAAUUUAAAGGCAGCUAAUAUUAAUAUAACAGCUUCUUUUUCUUGUUAUUACAAUCUUUGGUUUAUGCUUCAUACAGAGACAUUUAAAAGAUUUGUAUGUGAUUAAAGCUAGAGUAGAACUGAAGUACAUAGUCAACAGCUCAAAGCUCAAUGGCUUAUGCAAGAGUUUGUGGCUCCUAUGAGUUACUUGAAAUGUGGAGCAAAGCAAUAUUCCUUGUAGUUUUAAAAUCAUAUCAGACUCAAGCUGAAUUAUUAAAUGUGCAUCAAUAUGACUGGAAGGAGGAUUUUACAUCACUUUUUAAAUUGAAUUAUAUAUGUCUAGAAUUGGAUGGAACCUUGUAACCCCCUUUCUGCUGCAGGAGAUGCAGACCUAGAACAUUCUCAAUAGAUCGCUGUCCCUACCAACCCUCUACCUAAUUAUUUCCAUUUGUAACUGCUUUCACCUACAAGACAUUUCCCCUAAUAUUCUCCUAAAGUCAACCAAUGUGGUGUCAUGGUGUUUUAUCAUGUUUUCAGUAUUCUGUUGGAAGCCACCCAGAGUGGCUGGGGAAAUCCAGCCAGAUGGGCGGAGUAUAAAUAAUAAAUAAUAAAUAAUAAUAAUUAUAUUAUAGGAGACAGGGGUUCAAAUCCACAGAAACAGAAUUGAGUGUUCUGAUGGUUCCUAAGCUGUCCCAGGGAAAGAGUGGAGCAAAUCAGAGGGUUUCUUCCUGUUACCAGAGCACCAACUACUUGUUCAGCACCAUUGCUGUUGCCUGUUUUACCAGUCAUAAGGCCAGCAGAAGAAUGAGAGUUGGGCUGAGUAGAUGGGAUUUUCUUCUCCAUUGAAGCCCGGGGCGUUUCAUCUCUGUCCAGCCCAGCAGCACAAUAGUAAUAUAAUAGCCCUUUUUGAGAUGGAUGUGUAAAAAGCAAUCUUCCUUCCAUCAUAGCAUUGGGCUUGGUGGAAAAGUUUCUCUCUGCCCUGCAGUGCCCAACCCAGCACCAUGAUGGGGAGAAAAUUCCCUCCACACAUCAGCAAAGGAAUGGGGAGGGUAUUGUGUAUACAGUGGUACCUCUGGUUACGUACUUAAUUCGUUCCGGAGGCCCGUUCUUAACCUGAAACUGUUCUUAACCUGAAGCACCACUUUAGCUAAUGGGGCCUCCCACUGCUGCUGUGCCGCUGCUGUGCCAUUACUGUUCUCAUCCUGAAGCAAAGUUCUUAACCCGAGGUACUAUUUCUGGAUUAGCAGAGUCUGUAACUUGAAGCGUAUGUAACCAACCUGAAGUGUGUGUAACCCGAGGUAUCACUGUAUAUCUCUUCCUCUGUGUGUCUUUGUUCCUUGGGCUGAAAAGGGCGAGCCAGCCCUAUUUUAAGCACUCCGCUUUUGUUUAUUAUGAGAAUAAGCCUUUCAUUAUUAAGACUUCAUGCAUUUCUGCAGAUAUCCAUAACUGAGAUGAUUAUGACUGCCUAGAACCUCCAUAACUAAGGAAGAUGAAAUACAUCUGUCGCUCUAAUGCAGUGAUCUAAGUGCUUGUGCUUGGGAUUCAGUUUGUAAUUCUAGUUCUGAUCUAGUAAUAAUGUUGUUUUAGAAGAGAACCCUUUAUGUUUGUAACCUUGCCCACAGAUCUGGGUUGGCUUGAUCAUGGUAUAUGAAACUUACAGGAGAUUAGGUAAUGAAGUGCAGAGUCAGUUCCUGUACCCUUUUCAGGCAGGUAUUUCUACCUGUUAGGUAAAGAAUGAUGCUGGCUCCCAGGAAUUUUAAACAUUUAAACUGUCCUGCAUAGCGUAUCUAAAUAUUUGAAACUGAAUACUAUUGAUUUUAUAAUUUGUUAUUUAUAUCAAAUUAUUGGAAAACAGUUUAAGCACAUAAAAAACCAGCAGAACAAAAAUGGAAGUACAAUAGGUUAUUUCACUCUUUAAAUUAAUCUGACAUAUGCGAAUUCUUGGAUCCUAGUAAUUGCAAUUCAUUCUGGGGCAGGGGAGCCUCGUGGUCAAAUGUAGCAAGCCAAUGGAACACUUAAUUUUUUUCCUUUGUAAAUCUUCCAGUAGGUCCAGCCAGAAAGGCUCUUAAGAACUAUAUGCAAAACUGUCCCCCUUUUACUCCUUCUUGUGCCUUUGACAACAGGUUGACAUGCAGAUAUCAAAGAGGAGAGAAAAAGCGUUACCAGUUCAACUACUGCUUCUGCAUUUGCUGUUAAGGACACAGGAGCAGGUUAAAAGUCAGGCACCCCUAACUUUAUGGAGCAUUUGAUCUAAAACUUCCAAAGGGAAAAUAACCUGUCUUUCCUCUCGUCUUGUGUGUUAAAUGGUGAGCGUACCUAACAAACAAAACGUACUAGAUCAAGUCAGCUCCGGUGUGACAUGCAGAAUACUGUGGGUGGCAUUUUGAUAAAUGGAGAGAAGUCUUAGUAGCAGGGUUUCUAAAAUUCAGGCAGAAUCUGUGUUCGAACUGACCUUUUUUCAGCAUUGCUUAUCAGCUUGUGUGUCAGUGUUCACUCUAAGGAACACUUUGGAAUCUUGAAGAGGAGAGAAAUAUUUGCUUUCCAGGAAACAUCUUUUUCUUCUCUUUCCAAGGGUUCUGGGUUUAUGGUAUUACAGGCUUUAAAGAAAAGAAGGUCUAUUGGCAAGUAGCCAUAUCAAAAUCCAAUUUUCCAUUACUGGGAACAGUAACAACAUAUGAUUAUACUUUUCAAGUUCCUCUGAUGAAUCUUACCUUGAGCAGUGGUAAGGAAGAUGAGAGGGAUUGGGUUAAAUGGGUGCAGAGGGAAGAAUGUAUUCUAGCUAAUGACAGGCAGAAUCAUGGGCAAUCAUAAACCACUUUCUGUAGCACUAAAUGAUAACAGUCAUUUUGUGUAGCAAACCUACGUUGGUCCCAAACCUGAAGCCCAAGUAAUUUGCAAUAAAGCUUUAGAGAAGUUUCUACUGCUGGAAACUCUUGAGCAUGAACCUUCAAAAGCAUCCUGAUGGGCUCUUUAAAAAGAUAUAUAAUGAAGAUCCAAAAUAGCUCUCCUUUUACAUGUCGUGCUUUUAUUAACAAUGCCCUAUUGAAAGAUCACGUAAUUUAAUAAGAGGGAAUUUAAAGCAAAUCUAUGAGCAUAAACAUGCUUAUAAAAAAUGCUCAGAUUCACAGGAAUUUGCUUGAGGUACCGAAUGGCUAACGUGUUGGAAGCCAAAUUAUCAUACUGUGGCAAAUUAUUGGCCAUGUCUAUUUAAGUUAUACUCAGGAGAAGGGAAUGGGGUAAAAGAGAGGAUGUUCCUCCUGUUUCAACACCUAUUGUUUUUCUUUUUAAACAAACGUUGCAGGUGUAAAGCAGGCCAAAGCAUUGCGUGUAUGGUGGUAUGUUUUAACACACAUGCCACGGUUUGUGUUGUAAGAGCACUUUUACUACUAUGAGGAAAUAUGAGAGAUUCCUGUUAUAAUUGCUUCUCAGCAUGGAAAACAGUGUUGUUAUUAUGUUAAUGAAGCAACAGACACCCAACAGAAACUACUGUUGGAGUCUUUAUUUACCCCAGUGUUCAGCUAUACAGCUCUGCUACCCCUACAAUUGUAGAAUUGUAUCUGAAAACCUAACACGCUUGGUAUGUGUGUUUGCUUGGUAUGUAUGAUGCAUUCUUGGUAUAUGUGUUUAGCACCAGAAGGGGGCAGAGAAGAGAGAUGUGCUCAGGAAACCCAGAUUAACCACAUACAUGUAAUUUAAUCUAAAAUGUAUGUGUACAGUUACUUUAAAUUACCCAUUGUGCCUCCCAAAAUUUUCCCCCCACUGAAUUUAGUUAUUUUUGGCUUAAGACCUUAGGCCAGACUCAUGGGUAGUAAAUAUGAAAGAGACCUAAACACACUGGCUUAACAGACAAGGCAAGCACAUUAUUGGGGUGUGAUGAGUAGGUAUCCAUACCAGCUUGGUUUACUAGGUGCUACUUCAGAUGUAGUGCCUGUUGCUUUAACAGGUCCAUUCUCUCACUUCCUCUCAUUAUCCUCCACAACUAUAGCAGGCUGUACUGUAGCUGUGGUUCACCACUGAUGGAGAAGAAGACAAGCCCUGCUGCUAUGGAGCUCUAAAAGCAAGCAACAAGUUGGUUGGAGUCAGGGCAGAGCUAGGAAGCCCACAAUGGGAUGCCUGGAUUUCUCAUAUGGGUGCCAAAAGUUGGAUCUCAGGUGUUGGUUUUUUGUUUUUGUUUUUAGUUUUCUUAAUAGGUUUAGGCCACUUAAAAUGUGGGGUUGCCAAAUCCAGACCUUUUUUCCAAUGAGCUCAUGGUGGUGUACAAGGUUCUCCCCCUCUUCCAGGUGCCAGUCCAACUGUCACACCACACUGUUUUUCUCAGACUUCCUGGGUUUUUGUCCUACAGCUUCAGUGUAGUUAUACACACAUAAUUUAUUCAACUGGUUUGCAAUCUCUUUAUACUUAUUUAGCACAUCUUUAGUUCACUUGUCAUCUGACUUCCUCCCAGCUGGAUUUUCUACUUCUGGGGAACUUAAAGAUUUUUUUUUUAAUCCUUGUUCUUAAUUUUCUUAGUGACAAGAGCCUCAAAUUCUUUAUUUCGUUUCCCACCCAUCUUCAUCCACUUCUUUUUUGUGUUUGUGUGUGCGCACGUGCCUGUUUGUGUCUCUUUUUGUUCUGAUUUGUAGAAGAGACUCCCAUUUUCUGAAGGAACCCUUCUUGCCCGUAGUAGUUUCCUUGCUUUAAUAUAAAUAUGCCCAGAUUGUGUCAGAAGUAGGAGCUUGUGGAUGUAUAUCACAUUGAAACCAGUAGUAUUAAGCUAUCAGCAAAUUCCCCUCUGCUAUAUUGUUUUGUUGAAAGAUGCAUAUUUAAGCAGCAGAGACUGCACUGAUUUUCAGCUGAGCAGGUUCAGGCAUAGUUACAGGAAUUCACCCAAUAGCAGGUAUGGUGAUUUAUUUGGCUGUGCUUUGGGGGAUUUUCCUCUGUCUUGGUUAAAUGUGACAACUGUUGUCAAAAAUAUAAUCACAGGUCUUGCCUCUAACACUGAGCUGCAAUAAACAUGACUGUAAAAUUUUUCGCCUGGCAGUGGGUCAUUUAUUUUAUUUUUGAAUAGCUAUGCAAGUUCCAGUUUCAAAGCUGCUAUGCUUAAGGCUUAUUUAGCUCCUCUGUGGGGUGGUGACUGUUUGGGAAACUAAUAAAAGAUUAGGCUCCAUUUGACAGCUUUGAACCACACAGAGGAAAUUAGUGGAAUUCAUAUUCCAAUGAGAGAUGGAUUAUUGCUUUGCCAGUUUCAUGUUACGUGAAAUGUACCUCUGCUUUUCUUGCCACCUAAGACCCCUUUUUUUGUAUUCUAAACAGUAUUAAGGCUUGGAGUUUUGUUUUUAUGGCUCUCAUUAAUUUAACAGUUUUUCUAAAGACUGUGAAAUCAUGGGUCUCAAGGGGCAUUUUUUAAAUAGAUGUCAGCUCCACUCAUUUUUAUAGUGUGGCUUGUUUCCUAUACAGCACAGUCCUGCUUCUCUUCUCUCCUGCACCCAAGAGUGUGUGCAGAUGAAUGUGGCCUUGGAAGAAAGUUCCAUGCUUCAAAGCAGGAAAGUGGACUAACAAUGGCAAUAUGCUUGUAUAAUGGCACUCAAGUAAACAGACAUUCAGGAGAAUUCCAUUUAGACUUAGGCAUCAAAUUAGGGGCAUCUGUCAUCAUCAUCCCCCCCCCCCCAAAAAAUACUGUAGGCUCUAUCAGCCAUAUAAUCACUCAGGUGAUCAGAGACAGAUAAUGAUAGAAUUGUAGAGUUGGAAGGGACCCCAAGGGUCAUCUAGUCCAACCCCCUGCAAUGCAGGAAUCUCAGCUAAAGCAUCCAUGACAGAUAGCCAGCCAACCUCUGCUUAAAAACCUCCAAUGAAGGAGAUGUAGAAAUAAAACUCAAAUAUUUUCAAAAUUCCAGGUUAAGUACUUAAUUCGUUCCGGAGGUCUGUUCUUAACCUGAAACUGUUCUUAACCUGAAGCACUACUUUAGCUAAUGGGGCCUCCUGCUACCGCCGCACCGCCAGAGCACGAUUUCUGUUCUCAUCCUGAAGCAAAGUUCUUAACCCGAGGUAAUAUUUCUGGGUUAGUAACCUGGCUGUAUUUCUGGCUGUAACCUGAAGCGUAUGUAACCCAAGGUACCACUGUACUGCAGUUAAUAUAAAGUUCUGAAAAUUUGCAAUUAUGUUCCCUGUGAGACAUAUGGAUAAAUUCCACCCCCCCCCCAAUGAUGAAGGCAUUCUCAAUUAUCUACUGUUACGGAAUAAGCUAUAACAUGUGUACUACUGUACUGUAACUUAAGUGCAAGUCUGUUUUUUAACAGAGCAGCAGAAUCUUGACGCUUCCCUCUUAACCCUGCUAUUUUAAAGGGGUGAGGGAUAUGUGACUCUCCACAUGUUGUUGGGACUUUCUUUCCCAUCAACUCCAGCCACCUUGGGCAAUAGUCAUGGAUGAUGGGAGUUGAAGUCCAGCAACAUAUAGGGCCCCAGAUUCCCCACCCCUGCUUUAUUACAAAAGGUUUUGUAAACCCAUGCCUCCACCAUCCUAGGAAUGGCACUGACAACUCUGAAUGUUAUGCAAGGCUCUCCUUCUUCACAGUCCUUUCCAUUCUGCCUCACCCUCUAAAAGCCACUUUUAUUGCAUAUUCAAUGGGGCUUUGCAUGAGUGCUUUGGGUAGCUGUAUCUACAUUGGGUCUCAGAUUGUGUCUCAGAUUGUUCUCCUGCAUCAACACUGGGUCCCCUGUGCUGGUUUAUGUGCACCAUUACUUCAGAGCAGGAUGGCAUACUUGGACUCUAAAGUAAGGUUACCAUUUGUCAUUGAAGGAUAUGCAUUUGAGGACUUUAAAGUGGAUGGAGUCCCAUUCCAGUUCCUUUCCAGCAAAAGCUUAUUUUCAUACAAAGGCUAAUGUAGCUUGGUUUGAUACCUUAUUCAUUUUCUGCUUGGGUCCAGAAGUGCCAAACUCAGUUUCUGUUAUUUUACUUCCCAAAAGCCCAGACCAAAUCCAAAUGAAUAUAAAGUAAAACUAAAAAACAUUUACAGUGGUACCUCAGGUUACAAACUUAAUUCUUUCUAGAGGUCCAUUCUUAACCCGAAACCGUUCUUAACCUGAGGCAUGCUUUUGCUAAUGGGGCCUCCCGCUGCUGCUACACCACCGCCAUGCAAUUUCCAUUCUCAUCCUGGGGCAAAGUUCUCAACCUGUGGUACUACUUCCGGGUUAGUGGAGUUUGUAACCCGAAGCAUUUGUAACCCAAGGUACUACUGUACUGGUAGUUUUCAAGGAGUCAAAUGCUGAGAAAAGUAGAAGAAAGCAGAACGUGAAAACUGGUCCUUUCCUAUUAUUACCUGAUGCAGAAAACAAAGACAAUAAACACAUAGUAUUCAACCACGGAAGAAAAAAUAGAACAUAGACUGUAAUCCUGUGCACAUUAGGCUGCUUUGAUUCCAUUGACGUAGGCAAGAUGUAAACCAGGGGUCAGCAAACUUUUUCAGCAGGGGGCCGGUCCACUGUCCCUCAGACCUUGUGGCGGCCAGACUAUAUUUUGAAGGGAAAAAAUGAACAAAUUCCUAUGCCCCACAAAUAACCCAGAGAUACAUUUUAAAUAAAAGCACACAUUCUACUCAUGUAAAAAGACCAGGCAGGCCCCACAAAUAACCCAGAGAUGCAUUUUAAAUAAAAGGACACAUUCUACUCAUGUAAAAACAUGCUGAUUCCCGGACUGUCCGUGGGCCGGAUUUAGAAGGCGAUUGGGCCAGCCCUGGCCCCGGGCCUUAGUUUGCCUACCCAUGAUGUAAACAUUCCCACUGUGCAUGAAUGCAGUCAUAGAAAGUUUUUUUUAAAAAAAAAAACCAUUCACAUUCAAUUUGCACUGUAGGUUCCCCAAUCCUACUCAAUAUCACUGUAUUUCCGGUUGAGCCUACUUGUAAUAGGGUUUUCAUAUCAAUAGAGAGUUAACUUAUUAAAAGCUAUUGUAAUCCCUGUUGCAAAGUCUUGAGCUUUGCAACGCCAUGUGCAAGUUUUCAAGAUUGGACAUAGCAAUAAAAAGGUGUAGCUUUAGAGGAGGAAGGCUGGCCAGCAUGUGUGGAACAAUAUCUUCUAGGAGUCAGAGGCUCCUACUUCAAAACAAGAGAUAAUGCAGCACAUAUUUGGGAACUAAAGUUACAACUUGUCAGAAACGAUUUAAAAAAGUUUCACAUAUGAGUACAGGACAGAAAAUAUUUUUCAGUUACUUGGGAAACUUCUCCUUCAGCUAGAUUUGGUAAAUAUCAGACAAGCAAAAUCCAUGCCGAGAAAUUUCAAGUUACAUGUCUUAUAGAUUAUAGACUUUAAGCAAAUUAUAAAAGUGUAAAUUAGGUCAUGGUUGGCUCAGACAGUUUAUUUUAGUACACUAGUCCAUAGUAAUUGAAUCCAUUUAAAAUAAAUCUGCCUUGAAAUAUGAUACUGUGAAUGACAAAGCCAUUUUAAUAAAUAUAAAAAGUCAGGAUCACUCUCUGUUCAGGUCAGUGGGGCAGAAUGCCUUGCAUCAGGACUGCCUGUGAACCAGAGGGUUUGGUAACUACUAGCCAAAUUAUUUCCAUAUGUGUGGUCUCAGUACCGUAAGGCAAAAAUGUGACUUUAGACAAUUAAAAUGCUAAGUAACAUGCAUAACUGCUUGGCAGCAUUGCCAAAGUAUAUCGCUAGUUGAAUCUCUAAUUGUUCACAUUUAGGCAGAAUAUACAUUACACCAGUAAAAUGUUUUAGCAAGGAGACAAAUCAAGAUAAUGUUAUCUAUUUGAGAGGAACCCCGCUGUCUGUUCCAUCUGGAAAGCUUAUCUCCCCUUUGAUUUUUAUUCUACUUGUAUAUAUUGCCUCACAUAUUCAUUCCUGUCAUUCUUGCAGUCCUAAUUUAACAUUUGGGAAUUUGUGGUUUACCAAAGUCCUAACCCAAGCAAAUCUUCUAACUUUCAGUAUCUUUCCUAUAAUGUACCUCUUGCCUUGACACUCUUUCAGCGAUGCAAUUAAGUAACUUUUGUGCAGAGAAAGUCAUACAGCAUGAUCUUCUUACAGUGAUAUAAAUUACAGAGAUGGUGAUUCUCAGCCCCUUUUUAUGCUGUUGCAGUCCCAUUGAAUUAAUGGCAUUCCAUCAAUGCAAGUUAUCGUAGGGCAAAACUAGACAUAGUAAUGCAGUUUGGUUGUGCAGAGCUGUUUUUUCUUCAGCUAGUAGCCAGCACAGUGGGACUGCGAAAUAGCAUGGUGCACUUUGGUUCUCUGCCCUUGUUGUCAUUCUGAUUGGAAUUGACUGCUUUACCUCCUAUUUGCAAUGGAAGAAAAGUUCCAAUUGAUGCCCAUUGUGAGUAGCAGGCAUGGGAUGGGGGUUGCAGGGGGACUGUGGUGAAGGCAAAGGGUUAAAGCCUUCACACACCCACACCCACACCACAAUCUUGAUCUGUCUUGAGGGUCCCAUGUAGCAUCUACUAGUUAAAGGGGGGGGGGGAACAGCUGCACAGAACUAAAGUAUAUUACAAACUUCACAUCAGUUUGGCUUGUUUAUCCCAUUUUAGCAAUAAGGUUAUUCUUCCAUUGAUGGGAAGGCAGGAAAUAGUGUCAUAAUAUUAUGUUGCUCCAAUCAUCCUGUUUGCCUCAUAUCAUUGCUGUUUAAUUUAUGAGCUAUUGCUCCGACAAGUUAGAAGUUAACAUGUCAGGAAAUGCACAGCCCUGAAAAUUUAUUGUGCUCCAACCAGACAAAAGCCACUUUCCAAAGCAAACUGAAUUAAGACUCAGUGGCUCAUUUAUAACAUUUUUGGGCGCUGUUCUCUUCCGUUGUGGGGUCGGGCAGGGGGGAGUAUGUUUGUAUUGGAUUUUCAACAAAUGCAAAAUUAUUGCCCAGCAGGGAGAAGCUAGUUGAAAAAUACAAACAACUCAGAAGAAAGAGGUUCUUCAGGGUUAAUAAAGAAGCUAGUGCACUAAAACACAUUCAAAGAAGGAACUGGCUUCCUGUAAACUCCAGGAGUGUGCCACAUUGGAUAAAAAUAUUCAGUUUGGAUAGGACUGGAGAGAUUGCUCGUGUUUCUCCUGAAGUGUCUGUGACACGUAAGGCUGGCACUUAAAGGCACAGUUGUAGUUUUUGUUUUUGUUUUAACAGCCAUAUGAUACCUAGAAAUGUACCUGGUGAAGCUUUUGCUGGCAUGGAGUUAAGAGGUGGGAAAAGCAUCACUUAGCAAAUUAAAGGCAUUGACAUGGGGCCAGAAAAAAAAAAUGAUGGCAGCUCUUAUAAAAAGAAAUAAUGCAGUCCCUACUGACAUCAUGUCUAAUUUACAACAUUUGAUAGCAGGAUGUAGAGAUGAUGUGUGCUAAAGUUAUGUGAGUAGUAUUGCGUGUAAGCCAGCAUAGUGCCAAAACAUCCAAAUUCGCAAAUAGACCAUGACCAGUCACAUUCCCAUGAUGGCUAUUAUAAAGCUGAUUUUAUAAUAUUUACAUACAUUCUUCAUUCCUAAGUACUUGGCUUCUUGCAGCUGGGACACUGCUUCCUUCGAUCAUACUGUAGGUGUAGAAAUCUUGUACUAUUACUGCAUCUCACUUAACGUUGGGAGAAACACAAGUGCUUUUACUAGCUCCACCUGAAACAGUAAGGAAUUGGGACGUUCAGGCCCUAAUCUCAACUGCAGUGCUAUUGAUAACUGUGUAACAGCACUUCUCAUCAGAUGCUAUAAGCCAGGGCUGGGGAACCUUUCAGCCUGCAGAAGUUGUUGGACUUCAAUUCUUAUCAGCUCUAGUCAGCAUAGUCAGGGAUGAUGGGAGUUAUAUUGCUGCAAGUAUCGGUGGAGGGUGGACAGAGGUUCCCCAGCUCUGCUCUUAACUUUUGCCACCAUUCCCACUCAUUGGAUUGCAUUUUACUGGGGGAUUGCAUUUUACUGGGGGCUGCUAUUAAUAAUAUGUCUGGUGAUGCUUGUUUUCUUGUCGUAUUUGCCAUGCUUUGAUUAGCAAUCCAAAGAAAUGAAACAUUACCCAAAGAGACACACAUCUUCUAAUCAAGCGGUCAGCUCUUCUGGCAAACAGAGAGGCAACUUAUGUGAUUCCAAGCCUCUUCCCCUAUGUUAUUUCAUUUUAUUUAUUUCUCUAAAUAUUUGCACCCUGCCUUUUGCCUCAGAUGGGCCCCUAAGGCAAUUUGUAAUCCAUUAAAAGCAAACAAUAAAAUGCAAAAGGACAAUAACUAAUAAAAAGUAGUAACUUCUAAAAUUAGAACCAAUGAAACACAUCCUUGCAGGGGAACAGAAACUCAGCCCAGACUAAAGGUCUGGCAAAACAGAAGAAUGAUUUUGCAGCUUGCAAGGUACAGUCAUUAAAGAAUGGACCAAUCUGGCCUCCUGGAGAGGGAGUUCCAUUAAUGGUAAUUCAACUGAGAAUGUUGUGUAUUGUACUGUGUACUGUGGAUUAGCUUAAACGCAGUGGGCCACAGGACAAGGCCUCUGGUGAAAUAUACAGUUUGUGAGCAUGUUAAUGUGGAAGAAGACAGUCCAUCAAAUAAUCUGCCCCCAAAUGGUUUAAAGACUUUGUAUGUAAUAAUCAGCAUUUCAAACUGGAGUCUAGAAAUGACUUGGCAGACAGAUUGAACAAUGUUGCAGCCUUUAGUAUUUUACUCUGGGAUAAAGAAUGACAUUUAUUGACGUGAAUGUUCAGGAGAAUACUUUUAGCUAAUAUAAAGAACUGUUGACAUGUUUCCCUUGAAGAAUAAGAAGUAAUUACUCUUGAAUGAGCUGAGUGAUAAAUUGCAGUUACCUUUCACACAGGUAUGUGCCAUGCUAAAGGCACAGAAGUGUGCCUGUUUUUAAAAAAGUUGGCAACUGGUGGUGUGAACUGUAUUCCAUAACAAUAUCACACCUAAUUUACAACAGUUAAUAUAGCUUGGGGCUGAGAUAAAGUGUGCUAAUACUGUGUUUAUGACAACAAUGCAAAGCUGCAUAGGCAAAUCCACAAAUAUCUCACAGCCAGCGUGUAGACAAGAUUAUGAUAGUAGACUUCAAUGAAUAGCAGUAGGGGAUUUAAACAAAAAAACACACACCCCACCCUUACCCAUCCAAAGCACAUAUGUUGGGGAUGCACGCGCUUGCCCUAUUCCCCUUCCAUUGAAGCAUCCUGUGCAUACAUUAUCUGAGUGGCAUGGAACCGCAUGGAAGUAGCUCCCUUGCAUAAGCGUGCAUCAGUUCAUGGUCCCCUCCCAAGAAGUGGUACAAGUGAAACCCAAAGGCACAAUCACCUGGGAGGUUUGCACAAUAAAGUUCUCCUGUGGAGGACCCAGUACGUAAGCAGAAGACCUUCCCUAGGUUGGGCUGUGAGGUGCAUUUAUUGUGUUGCUUCCAUUCCUGUACUUCAUUGCAAAAUGAACCUGUUAGCCGUACAUUGUUGAUCAAUCAGUUAAGGAUGGCAUGCCAUGCAGAGAGUGUAUGAAUGUGAUUUUGCUUUAGGGGAAGUGCUUCUCAGAUCUCCUCUUCCAAUUUUCCUCCACAAAACAGCAGCCCAGACAUGUAGUCAUUUUCCUGAGGCCUGAUCCAAAAGCCAUCAAAAUUAAGAUUUCCCCUCUGUGUAUUGUUUGAAGUUACUGGCUUAGGAAGGGGGUGGGCCUGUGUACUGUUACCAAGAUGAAGCAGUAAAAUUUUCCAGUAGUGUAUGUCUAACAAGUUUGUAUCGCUGAGCUAGUCCAAAACAGAGAUACUCCCUUCCCAUGUUGCUUUUCCUUUCUCCAUUAGCUGCUUCCUUCCAGUUUUCCAUUCCAUUCUAUGGCAAUCUUCUUCUUCACCUAUGUCAUACACCCUUGUUUCUCUUACUGUUUUCUCAUUCCAGAAAUCCUGUUCCAUUGAGAAUAAAUCAUGAGUCACAAGAGAGAAAAGUUCUCUUCCAGUAGUCUUUGUGGCAAGCAAUGUGAGGCUUAAGGUUAUUUUACUUGCUUUUUUGUUGCUAUGUUAUUCCUAAAGUAUUUUAACUUUUUUCCACUCAAUACUGCAGAGAUGUAUAACUCUGCAGAGGACAAUGAAAGCUGCUAUGUUUUGCACUAGGUUUCAGUGCUGGACUAUUAUUUAUUUAUUUAUAUAUACAUACAUACAUACAUACAUACCCUGCCCAUAGCCACUCUGGGCGGCUCCUAACCGAAUAUUAAAAACACAAUACAGCAUUAAACAUUAAAAGCUUCCCUAAACAAGGCUGCCUUCAGAUGUCUUUUAAAAGUAAGAUAGUUGCUUAUUUCCUUGACAUCUGAUGGGAGGGUGUUCCACAGGGCAGGUGCCAUUACCGAGAAGGCCCUCUGCCUGGUUCCCUGUAACCUCGCUUCAUCGCACACCUUGCAGUGGCCACCAAUUGUCUGCUUGCUCGCCAUCACCAACAGUCCACCCGCCCACUUGCUGCAGCCGCCAAUCAUCUACCCGCCUCACCACAGCCGCCAAUCGCCUGCUCAAUUGCCACAGCCACAGCCAAUCGUCAGCAGGCCUUACUGCAGCCACCAAUCACCCACCAAUCGCCGCUGCCAAUCUCCUGCUUGCUGCUGCCAUUAAUUGCACAAUCCCCCCCUCUGUCUUAUACACAGAAAAAUACAGUAUGUUCUAUAAAUACUCAACAAAAGUAUCUUACUGCUUCCCAAAUCCAACUCCCUCCAACUUUGGCUGCUCUUGACAAUGCUUUCCUUCUUUUUCAUCUCAGGCAUUAGUAUUAGUAUUUUGAGUCCUAUAAAAUAUAGGCAGGUUUUACUAAAACAUAUGAAAAUUUAAGCCACAAAAGUAUGUAAGGAAAGAGUAUUCCAUUUACAAGCUGCUGAUCUAGCCUGUAUUAUCAGAGCUGUAUCUCAGUAGGACCUUAGUUUCUUCCAAAAAUAGAAGUCAGCUUGUGAUAGGAGUUAAGUGAUGCCAUUGUGCUCCUUCCUUUAGGGCUGUCAAAAUUAUUUCAAGCUGGUUAUAAUGUCUGUGUGUUUAUAAUCUCCAGCCCCCUCCAUAUCAACUGCUUCCUAGUUUCUCACUGAUUUACAAAAGUACGUGAGUUUAAAUAGCAAAAUACAUGUAAUGGCCAAGCUUUUCUGUUAUAAACAAGGCAAUCUGGAAAAUAUUAAUUUAAAAAAUAAAGUAAAAAUCAGUUGUCAGUCUUCAGGUAUCAUCAACCUGUCCUUUCCCCUUCAGCAGUGAAUGUCUAAUCACUCUCUGUAGGACACUGAUAAUAGUGUGAGCAGGAUUUCUUCCCUGCCUCAGUUGGAACGUGCAUCUUAUCUUGUGCUAUCGCAAGUCUUGUGUCAGUAAUACAAUGCCUUGGAACAUAUUUUGUUUUUCCUGAACUAAUUACAGGAACUGAGGAGUCUAAAAAAGAAACAAUUUUCACUCUCCCACCCCACCCAAGACGUGUCAUAAUCGGAAUGGAAAUUGCCCUCCCCAGUGUAACUAAGGACCUUAGAAAAACGUUCCCGUUGGCGCCAAUGGGACUUGUCCCCAUCAAAGCUCCUAGUCACAUAGGGGUAGGGUUGGGGGCAGAGGGCAACUCCAUUCUGAUAGCUGUUGGAAAGCGAAGUGCUGACAUCAGGCGGAUAAGACCUGGAAUCAACUCCCUGAUCAGCCCUUAAACUGACCACAUGGCAUUGAAUAUGGCAUAUCUGUCUCUCUCAUCCCAGAAGUCUUAACAAGAGGGAAUCAAAGUGCCAUUUUGUACCCGUGUUGACUUACUCUCUUUGCAUUCUCCCUCACACACCCCUCAGCCUAAUUUACCACACAGUGUCUUUGAGGGGGGAAAUGGAAUACAUGCUGCCCUGAGCUCCUUAAAGGUGCCCUUCAUACAGUACAUAUAAUGUGUAAUCUGAAACCUUUAAAUGCUAAUAUUGUGCUUUUGCAGAAUUAAUUUGGGGGUCGUGUGUGUGCCUGUGUGUCUAUUCACACAGCAUGAACCACUUUUAGUGUUUUUUUGAAUUCUGACAAGUCCAUAUAUAAUGGAGGAAUUGGCAUAAGAUCAUGACUGUUCAGUUAUAUAUCUUGAACCAAUUAUUCCAGAUUAGUGAGGGAAGUUUGUUUUAAUGCCUUAUUAAAUAUUCCUUAAAGUGCAUAUAAAAUGACCAGACAAGAGGAAAAAUGUUUAUGAAGCUUUUACAGUGAAUAGCCAUGGCAAUAUAAUGAUACCAGACUGUAACCAUGACCAUCUGUUUUGCUGUCUAAUUAAUACUGACUUGUAGUAGAUUGGAAUAUGGAUUUUCCAUCAGGCUUUGCCUAAUUGCUGCUCUGCAGCUACAUCACUGCGCAUUGUGCUGACAUUCUAUGUUUGUGCACAUCCUCACUGUAAACAUGGCCUGCAGGUUCCGAGUCCUGAUCUUUCCCCUACACAUUCACCUAUAUUUAGUGGAAGGUAUAACAGUGCACCCAUGGGAUGCAGGUGGUGCUGAGUUCUAAACCACUGAGCCUCUUGGGCUUGCCAGUCAGAAGGUCAGUGGUUCAAAUCCCCGCAACGGGGUGAGCUCCCGUUGCUCAGUCCCAACUCCUGCCAACCUAGCAGUUAGAAAGAACACCAAAAUUGCAAGUGGAUAAAUAGGUACCGCUCCGGUGGGAAGGUAAGCGGCAUUUCCGUGCACUGCUCUGGUUGUGCCAGAAGCAGCUUAAGUCAUGCUGGCCACACGACCCGGAAAAACUCUCUGCGGACAAACGCCAGCUCCCUUGGCCUGUAAAGUGAGAUGAGCGCUGCAACCCCAGAGUCAUUCGCGACUCAAUUUAACUGUCAGGGGUCCUUUACCUUUUUAUAACAGUGCAAGGAUUACAUGUAGUGCUGGCCCAAGACAUUUUGCUGCCUGAAGUGGAGCAAAAAUCUCCUUAAUCCUACUAGGGCCAAACACUUUAGUAUCACAGCAGGGCAGGACCAGUGCUGGUUUUUAUAAAUUGUUUCAGAAUUUAUCAGAAUUCAGAAAAUAUUUGAAUAUAAAACAUAGGUAAUAAAAUAGUAGUAAAACAUAUAAAUCAACAAGAAUUAAAAACUAUCUAAUUUGAGAAGGCUUCUGAGAAAAGAAAAGUUUUCAACAGAUAUUGAAAACACUAACCAAUAUUGGGGUUGCUUCACUUUUGAAGAAAGGGAAUUACAGAGAGCAGGUGCCACAGUGCUAAGGUCACAUCAUGCCUUACUGCAAAGGUGUAUGUCACCAUCAACAGAUGCUCCUCCACAAAUGUAAAUGACUGGGGCAGUUUCUCAGAUUCUGUUGUUCAGAAUUGCACAGGGCUUUAUGCACCGGUAGUAUAACCUUGAACCUCGCUUAGUAGCAGAUUGGCAGCCAGUGCAUCACUAUCAACAGAAGUGUCACAUGUUCCUGAUAAGAUGCCCCAGAGAGCAACCAUGCAGCAGUAUUUUGUACUAUCUGCAGCUUCCCAAUCAAAUGCAAGUGCAGACAAAAGAUGGUAUUUCUUCACACAGUGCAUUGUUAAACUGUGGAAUUUGCUCCCACAGGAGACAGUGAGAGCCACCAACUUGGAUGACUUUAACAGAAGAUUAGACAAUUUCACGGAGGAUCAGGCUAUCAGUGUUUUCUAGCCAUGAUGGCUAUGCUGCCCUGUGGCACCCUACAAAACAACUCCCAGCAGGCCAAAGGGCAAUUGCCCAUGCCCUCGAAUCAGUCCUGUAGGUAGGAGCAGCAGAGCCAGUGCAACACAGUAUUCUGCACUCCCAUCUCACAGAGUCAAUCCAGUAGGAUACUGUGGUCAAUGGUAUCAAAGGUCACUGAGAGAUCAACAGGGUCACACUCCCCCAUCUCUCUCCCUGUAUAUAUGUACAGGCCUGAAUUCAGAUUGAAAUGAAUCUAGAAAAUCAGUCUCAUCCAAGAGUGCCUGCAGCUAUGCCUUGACCACCCUCUAUGAUACCUUUCCCCAGAAAAGGUGUAUCAGCACCUGGGUGGCACUUGUGAAGAACCCCAAAAGGGCAUUUCACCAUAGAUAUUAUGAACGGAUAAAAAGGAAAACCACUCAAAGAGUAAUGAAAUUAAUGCUGUAUUUAUGUUUGACUAUAAAAUGUUUGAAAUCUGGCCCAUACUUCUAGAAAAGGUAGAUUUUCACUUGCUGUGCAGGCAAAUACCUGUAGAUGCUUUGUUUUCGUUAUCAAAUCCACUCAAAUAUUUAUUGCAUCAAAUUUCUAGUUAUUCCCAUCCUCCCCCACAAUUUACCCCAGGACAAUAAGAUUAUCAUCAUAAUUAAAUAUUUGCAUAUUAUUAUUUGCCUGGCUCAGGAAGCAGGAUCGGUUUCCAGCUCAUGCUCUUAGUCAGAAAAUAAGCAACUUAAUUUGUUUUGUUUUACCAUCACAGCUCUUUUAAUAAGAAAAAUACCACCAUGGUUCCCUCCACAACCCCUUUGAGGUUCUGAUCCAACUAAAACAAGUCACUUCUAAAAUCCAAUGAAAACAUUUAAACUAAGUUUUUUCCCAACGAAAUUUUCCCAUUGUUUCGAAUGGGACAUGCAGCACAGUCCUGCACAUGUUUACUCAGAAGUAAGCUCCAUUGUGUUUAGUGGGCCUUACUCCUAGGUAAGUAUGUAUAGGAUUGCAGUCUUAGUCACAUGCAGACUUACUCAGAAGCCCCACAGUGCUCAGUUUCAUCAAAUAUGAGUUAAUCGUAAACUCAUAUUUGUAUAGAACUUUCAAGUGCAACCCAAAAUGGUACAUACCCUCUGCCUACCUGUCCUUUGUUCUCUGCCACGUCGACUAUUUAUAUUUAGCUCCUGAUCCAGUAUGAAACUCAGCACCUCUCAGGAAUGGCAAGAACUUGCUAAAUUCCUCCAUCACCAAUCUCUGAUGAUAGAUUUGGGUUUUCUUUACAAUAUAAGAUACUUCAUCUCAUACAGAGUAAAAACAGAAGAGCCCUCCUGGAUCAUUGUGAAUAGAAAAGUUUUUGCUGUGCACAGUUAAUUGAUGAAUCAGCAGGUAUAUUGCCAUCCAUCUGUCUGCAGACUGCCAGCAAGUGAUCUACAAACAGUUUGUUGAGUUGUGAAACACAUUUGCUCAUCGCAAGCAUUGGCAGACAAGCUUGACAUCACUGAUUAUCAGAAUGACAUUUAAAUGCUUUUUUUAAAAAAUAAAAAUAAAAACUACUAUAGAAACAUGAGUACAACAACACACUAUGUUUUAGCUGCCUUUGAAAAGCAAUUGAAAACUCCAACUGUCCUAGAAUGUGGCCGCCAAGUUAAGAAAUGAACCUAGCCACUUACAAGCAAUACUGGCUGAAGGUUAGUUUAUAGUAGGAGUGUGCAUCAGACCCAGACAAGCCCUGAAUCCCAAAUUGAAGUGGGACAUUUUAGACAGAUUUGAGGGUUGGCCAAAGCAGGGUGUCUCUGAAGUGCCCCAACUGAAGCAGAGCUCUACAAAGUAGUUCGGGACCAUUUGGCUUUGGGGACCUUUAAAAAACUGUAAAGAUAGGCUUAACUUUUUGCAGACACACUUUCAUCCCGUGAAAGUAGGGGUGACUUUUAUGUCAGGCUGGAGGGACGGGAGUUGGAGAACUCUUUUGUGAUUAACAGCUUCUAAUCAGAGGAAAUGAUUGUACCAAGUCUCUUCCACCAGUAUUUUGGCACAGUAAUAUAUCACCAUGUUCUUUUUCCCAUGCUGAUGAGGAACCAUUAUUGAGUACUUUUUGGGUUUGGUCAGUCAACCAGCUACAAAGCCACCUAAGAGUUACCUUGUUCAACCUACAUUUUACCAAUAAUAUGAUGGGACUUUGUCAAGAGGCUUACUAAAAUCAAAAGGCUUACUGAAAUCCACAGCAUUUCCCUGAUCCACCAAGUUUGUAAUUCCAUCAGAAUAUAACUCAGAGUGGACUGACCUUGAACAGUAGCCACAGAACAUUGACUAUCAGUUGGGAAACAGAAGUGGAGGACGGGGAUAGGAGUAUCCCAUAUGUAAGAGUGUGACUGACUAGAACCCUGAAAAGGAGUUCUCAGUACUGCAUUGAUUUGUUACAGGGUUCUAUUUGUGUAGUUGCGAUACUCUUUCUUGCAUUACAUAUGGCAUCAUAUCAGCAUGUGAGGCAUUUCCUACAUGUUUAAUUGUGGUCUGUCUAGAUAAACUGCAUACUUUACAUCAAAGCACGAAACCAUGUAAAAGUAAAGCUGUUACUAUACAGAGGGAAGCAAAAAAAAAAAAAAGAUUAUUUAAUUAUGCAUCAGCUUCCUUCAGCCUAAAUGCCUGGAGCAAAGUAAGUGAAUCAUACAUAUCACUUUUGCUCUGCUGGCAGCACAUUUGAUGUGAUAGCUUAGAGUCACUUUGCAUUGAGCAAAAGUGGGAGUUCCCUCUGCUCAGCAGAAAGUGUUAGCUAUAAAACUUUAGAGUAAUAUAAUUUGGAGUCUAUUACUUUUAUUUAUUUCAUUCCUGGUUACGCCAAAUAGCAACUUGUCCUUGCUAUGAUAUUGUUGAUAGGAAUGUGAGCACGUAUCUGCCUUAAAAUAGAGUAAGUAAAUUGUGUAAUAUGUAAACCUGGCUACCAUGAUCAAAGACAAUAAGGGAUAGUACACAACUGUAUCCACAAAUAAAGUGGACUUUUAUUUAUGCAUCUCCCAGAUAUUUGCCAGAAAGUUGGGGGACUCUCUGGAGUAGAUUGGAGGGCACGAGGAUUCCAUGGAAGAAUGAAUGGGGAAGUCUGCUCACAUGACAUUGGAUAUCACCUAUGGGUUUCCAAGAAGCAUACCAGCAUGUUUUGAGAAAGCAGAAAGCAGAGCUAUAUCAUAUUGUUUCUACCUGUGGUCAUAGGUUUGUCACAGUAACCCUAAGUGGUCUCUUGACAUAGAACUGAAAACCUUUCCCUAGCUUAUUUCAAUUUGGGACUGUGACUUUUGUAGGUUAUUUAUGUUCUCAGGGACAUAAGAUGGACACAGUUGUUGAAUUUUUAAAACAUUGCAUUUUGUUACUUAGAAAUUUCCACUAUUCAUAGGAGUUCUUUUUCAUGCUAGCUGGAUAUUAGGACUAUUGCCAUUGACAACACUGUUGUUUCAAUAUAAGUAAAUAGGUAGUUUCCCCCAGAGUUAAUGAUAUCACAUUGAGGGAUGUGAUAUCAUUAACUCUGGGCACACAAUGAAUUACAAGUAGUACUCUGUACUAUUAAAGCUCUGCAUCUGAGCAAUGCUAUUAAUGAUGUCAAAUCCUGCAGUAUUUCCUGCCCAUCAUGUGGACCUUAACCGUUAGUAGGAAGAGUUCCAGGCUUCCCUGUAGAUUAGUAUGAACAUAUCUCAGGCUCUGACUUCUGGCCAGAGCCUAGUUCAGUUUGAAAGUAUACAAGUCCUUCUUUCCAAACAAAGUAAAUGGUAACAUCAGCUACUAUCUGGCCAGCCUGCACUCUGAAUUCAAAGAAGAGUGUUUUCUAUGAGGUGGAGCUUGGUUGUGUUCAGAGCCUCUUUUUGCAAUGCAGCUGUGUGACAUAAUAGCAUCUCGGGACAUGUCUGCAAAGUAAUUUCAUUGCAAAGUGAUUUGGAAAGAGGACAAAGCUGAGACUGGGAAUAGGCAGGUAGCUUCUUUCUCAUUCCAUAAGCAUGAAUGCUGCCUUGCAAACUUCUUGACCUUAUCCUAUGAUCCACCCAAAUCUCCUAUCUUUGAUAUGCACAGACAAGAACAAGCUGAAGUCUUCUGUGAUUGUGGACUAUGGUAUCUGAUGCACAUUGGAUAACCUUCAAAACUAUUGUGCAGAUGCAUCUUUAGUCAGAUUGUUGUUUUUUCUAUUCUCUUUCAUAGAACCAUAAUCAAAGAUGGAAGAGACCUCAAAGAUCAUGUAGUCCAAUUCCCCCACUGAUGCAAGACACUCACUACUACAGCAUUGCUGGUAGGUGGUCAUCCAGGCUCUGCUUUAAAAAACAACAACUAUAACAAAGGAGAGUCUACCACCUUCUGAGGCAGCCUGUUCCACUGUCAGUCAGCUUGUGCCACCAGGAAGUUUUCCCUAAUCUUUACUCUAAAUACUUUUGCUUGUCGUUUGAAUCCAUUGGUUCAUGUCCCACCAUCUGAAGCAACUGAAAACACAUUAGCUCCAUCAUCUGUGGAAGUUUCUGCAGGUCAUGAAGGGCAGAGAGAAAAACACUAGUUACACAAUUUGAUUUCAGGACAGACUAGCACUUAUUACAGUGGUGCCUCGCAAGACGAAAUUAAUCCGUUCCGCGAGUGUCUUCGUCUAGCAGUUUUUUCGUCUUGCGAAGCAACCCUAUUAGCGGCUUAACGGAUUAGCGCUAUUAGCGGUUUAGCGGUUAUUAAAGGGCUUAAAGGCUUAGCGGAUUAGCUGCUAAAAGGCUAUUAAAGGCUUAGCAGCUUAGAUAAAUGGGGGGGAAAGCAAAAAAAAUAAUCUCAAGACUCGCAAGACAUUUUCGUCUUGCGAAGCAAGCCCAUAGGGAAAUUCGUCUUGCGAAGCAACUCAAAAACGGAAAACCCUUUCGUCUAGCGGGUUUUCCGUCUUGCGAGGCAUUCGUCUUGCGGGGCACCACUGUAACUGGGAAAUAUUUGUUUAGGUUCUGUGGAAUGUGACUGCUUUUUCAGUUCUGUGUUAAAAGACUAUUUAGGUAGAUACAUCCUGUGUUAGUAUUUGUAACACAUAAAUAACACUACAUAUUAGCAGGAACCUUAAUGUGACCUCUCCUCUCAAAUGAUUCUUUGCAAGUUCAUUUGCAAACUAUAUUCUGUCAAAUCACUUUCCAUUUUGAAAGGCCUGAACAUAGGCCAGAUAAAGCCAGAACUAAAAAGAUCCCUGUCUUGUGGGAAGUGUUUGGCUUUAUUUGCCCCUUCUCAGGCCUAAGACUACAACCCAUAGCUACUUUCCCUCCCUCUGAUUAGUACAGCAUGCUAAACAACUGAAUAGCAGAGAUAAAAACCUCUGCUGAGCAGUGCACAAGAUUCCAGGGGUCUUGGUACUUAACUAGGGUUUAUGUUUCCUUCAGAAAUGAGGCACAAUGGAUACUAUAGUGGUUUGUUUACACUAUAUGGUUUAUUUACACAUCUCUAUAACCUGAGCCUACUUAUGGAAGAAGGUCAGUACAUCAAUAUUCCAAGAAGUUUCUGUCCCUCUCAUAAGCACAGCAUUGCUUUCAAGAACAGAUAUCAACAUCUCUCUCUCCAGCAUACUGCUUAUUACCAUCAACCUACCUUUUCUAAAACUAUGGUAUUGUCUUUUAAACUCUCAGUUGAAGGAGGUAGGCUUCUUAACAGAUCAUUAGGAAAUUAGCUUUUACAUGUGUUGAUGGCCUAGGAUUAAACAGGGUAGCUGAUACACCAUUUAGGAAGGUGUUCUGGGUUAAAUAACUCUUCACAUAUGCCAAUUCCAUGGGAUUAACAUUGACUAAUGCAAAUCUAGAAUAUGCAUUUUAGCACCUAUAAAUCUAUUAUUAUUAUUAUUAUUAUUAUUAUUAUUAUUAUUAUUAGAAUUUAUAUACCACCCUUCAUCCAAGGACCACAGGGCAGUUUACACCAUAUAAAUCUAUAACUAUAUUGUAGCUAAAAUGGGGUAUAUGAUUGAGAGAAGGAGAAUAAGGGACUGUACUGUUGUAAUAAUCUGAAAACCCUUUUAGAAGUCAUCUGAAGGCAGCCCUGUUUAGGGAAGCUUUUAAUGUUUAACAGACCACUAUAUUUUAAUAUUUUGUUGGAAGCUGCCUAGAGUGGCUGGGGAAACCCAGCCAGAUGAGCGGGGUAUAAAUGAAUUAUUAUUAUUAUUAUUAUUAUUAUUAUUAUUAUUAUUAUUAUUGAAUAUCCUUGUUCUACUACAAGACAGUGAGGGAAGGUGUCAGCCAAUGACUAGGAAAAAGCUACUCCAGAAGCCCAUAGCUUCCACUUCCCUUUUUAAUUGUUAUCCAUCCAUCCCCUUUUCAUUAGUGUAUUCCAUGGGCAAGAAAACUGACUUUGUUGUGAGGUCUAUAACAGCUGCCUUCCCUCCAGAAAAUAAGAACGCCCACUCUCCCCUGUUCUCCAUUUUCUCUCCCAGGAACUGAGAAGGUCCUGUCAAAACAUGGAUUAUAUUCAAGCCUUUCUCUCCUUAGCUUCCUUCCUUGCUUCACCCCUCUUUGGGAGUCAUGAACCAGGCAACAGCGGAUGGCCUGUUCUGGGCUUGUCACCUUCACACUGAAUCCAGUGUAGAAGGAAAGGUAUUUCUGGCUUGAUUGGGCUCCCUCUUGGUUUCUGAUUAGACUUUAGCUAACACAGCUGGAAGCCUUUGUGAAUGAACUAACUGUGUUGGAGAAACAAAGAGGUUCUCCUGGGCUAUGUCAUGACCUCACAAUAGAGUAGUUAGCACUUACAUAAUGCCAUCUUUUUGCAGCAGGGAAGGGUACACAUUUGUGCUUGGCUGUUUCACAGAGAAAGUAAUAAGCAUGGUAUGCGUAAGAUAAAGGUCCUCCAAAGUAACUAGGAGGAUGCAGGAAAUGGUCCAGAAUGGGGACCUUAGGUGAUGGAGGUAACCCACUCAUAACAUGCUUGUUUGUUUUCACUGUGUUUUCCAUUGUGAAAUUGCUGCAGGUUUAGAUUGGGUUGUAUACAUAUAGGUAGAAAUCCAGCAUUUGACUUUUCCUUGUCUUAUGGAACAUUUCAGAAGUGGAAAUCAGCAAAGCCCCACAAUGAAUGCACUGUGUGGCUGAGAGGGGGUGGGUCUCCAUACACACUGCUCAGGCUUGCACCUCAGGGAGGUCACUUCAAUGCUCCUAAUGCAGCAAUGUGACUUCACCCCUGGAGGUGUACUCCAGUGUACUCAAGAUAGACAGAUGCCAGAAACAACAUGUACUUUUAGUUGAGAUUCCUGCAUUUUAUGGGGUUGGAGUAGAUGACCCUUUGGGGUCCCUUCCAGCUGUACAAUUUUAUGAUUCUGUGAUUCCUAGACUGAACACAACUAGUUCUAAACUUCUGUGCCAAUCUUAGAAAGUGAAUGGAAUGUUUUGGACUUAUGAGUAUCUUCUUCCUCUUCUUCUUCUUCUUCUUCUUCUUCUUCUUCUUCUACAGCAUCUCACUUCCAUUUUUGGAUAUACACCACUUCAAGUUCUCUCCAGCAUUCUCUUUUCUUUGCUUCCUGUGAGUAGAUUAGCACCUGCAUAUGGCUUAAGUAUUUAAAUGGGGCAAUACACGCAAAUAUUCACAUUUAUUGUAGCUUUAAGUCAACAAGAUAAAGUAGAAAUUUCAAUAUUUGCUUAAUAUGAAAGUGUCCCAUACAUACAAUUUUAACUGUUGAGUGACUGUGGGAUUUUAACUCUACUGUAUGUCAUAUCUGAAUGAACAUUCAAAUCUGAUGUUUCCCAAUAGUGACUUAUGAGUGCUCAGUUAUUUACCAUAUACAAUUAAAAGUUGAGCAUAUAGACAAAUAAGAGGAUUGUUUGAGGUCAUUAUUUAUCAUCUUAUAUUUGGAGGAAUGUAUCGACUAAAAUAUGUGGCUGCAGGUUAUACAACAGGGUGAAGUCAGGACCUGCUAAAUUAAUCCUUCAGCAAUUAUAAUUUACAAUAAAAUAGCUACCCUUGAUUGCACACUCUAAAACUGGUGCGCCAUUUUAAAAUAUGUGACAAAGGCCUAACCCAAAGUAUUCAUUGCCCAGAGUAAAUGCUACUGAGAUUUGGAUCUCUUUAUCUGUUUGAUGUACACAGUGAGUAAAAUGUAAAGUAACAUGUAAUUCAAGCUUUCAUUAGAUUUUCCUUGUUACCUUUUUUCCAACACAGCAAGUGUAUUUCAGAGUUGUAACAUGAGGCAACAAAGAAAGAAUUCAUUUAGUAGAAAAAGCAACCCCCUCAUAUGGGUAACAGACCUCUCUCAUUUAAAAACAGGAAAGAAUCUCCUUGAAGUAACCAAACAAAAGAGGGAAUGCCUCUACUAUGAAGGAGACAUACUGUUUGUCGUGAAGUUAGGUUUUGGAGUUUUCUUCUUGAUCACCACGAUUCAUUGUCACUAUAUGGUGCAUGCUGGGUUGAGUGAGUUUGUACAUACCUCUCAACUAAUGUGAGUCUUUGAAAUGAAAAUUAGUGUCAAAGCAGUAAUAUUUUUCCAAUGAACUUUUUCCAAAAAAAACUUACAAAGAGUGUGUGUGUGCACGUGUGUGCAUGCCCCAGGAACAUGGGGUUGAGGAUGAAAGUUGGGGUGCAAAAGGGGUUGCAGAAUAGGAGGUGGUUGUGACUUCAUAAUUGGCCAGAAGGUAAAAAGGGUGCUUAGUAGUCACGUUGUUUAAGAGGAAGAAAGUGGGCAUUAUAAAACUUGCCAUGCCUGAGCCUACAGCUACUCAAGUCAGUGCCUCCAGUUUUCCUGUAAGAGAAAGCUGGCAACAAGGAGGGAAAAGCCUUCUAUGUGGAAAGGGGUGAUUUGUGUUCAAGAGAAUACUUUAAAAGGAAAAAAAUAGACCUCUUCAGACAAUUUCAAUAAUAGGUAGUUCCUGUCUGUAGCCUGCAGGCUUUUAUAACCAUGUGAUUAAAUAUUUUAAUUUAAUUUAACUCAUUCCCUGCAAGUUAAAAUAAUUGUAUAAUUAAAAAAAAUUUAUAUGGUCAUAGAAGGAGCCUGAUUAGAAAUAAUACCCAUGUUACCACAACCUCAGCUCCACCCUGAUGAUUCAUUGCCCUCACCUUUUUGAACUGAGUGGCUUUUGUCCAUGUGCGAUAAUAGUUCAGUGACUCCUUAGCCUCAGUACAUAUUCCAGGGUAUCCAGCUGCUCAAAUCCUUGCUAACUAGUAUUGCCAGUUUCCACAUGGAAGAAACUCCUGUUUAAAAUGCUCCAUAAUAUAUUGUGAUAUAUUUCAUAAUUUUGGAGUUGUCCAUUAGUAUUUAUUUUAUUGUGGGCACAUUCUCAUGCAAAGGCAGGAUGUAAACUUAAGAAAUAAAUGAGGACAAGGCAUGUUAUCAGAUUUGACGUUCCUCACCACAGCAGCAAGUUAUCCAGGCAGUUUAAAAAUGGGAUAUAGUUAGAAGUAUUCUUUUUAGCCCUGCACAGAUAUGGGUGAAUACAGAAACAUAAUGAUUUAAUGCACAGGUGGGAAACCUGUGGCUCCAUAUUCUGAUGGACUACAACUCCCAUUAUACCUCUCUCUUGGCCCUGCUAGUUGGGGCUGGUGGAAGCUGGAGUUCAGCAACAUGUCUUAGAACAUGCAUGCUUGUCUGAAUAAGACACUGUAGAGCAGCCUGAAGCUCCUUCAUCCCUGGAUCUGAUUUGAUCACUCUUCCCAUGUUUUCUCUAGAUGACCUAUCGCUCCUUUAGGAUGCUGUAGUGUAAUGCUGCAGCUUUUGCUUAUUCAGUUUGACCUUAAGUGACCUCCUCAGGCAGCACACAUUUUGAUGACCCUCACUUUCAGGCCAGCCCACAUGGUUCUUGACCUAAACUGACUUUUGACCAUGUGUCCUGCAGUGCCUUGUCUGUACUGGGGUCAGAAUGGCUGAUAAACCUCUCAGUUCAACCUACUGCUCAGGCGAUCAUAAAAUCCAUGCAUUUUCCACUAGUAUAUUAUGGCACCAAGUGAUUUAUUUUAAAUAUUGGAGGAGAUACUUACACAGGGCAGAUUGCAACAAAUCUUGCAGUCACAGAGAGAACAACUCUCAUUACAAGAGAUACAGACUUAAUCUGGCCUGAGGAUACAUUGGUAUAGUUGAAUCAUGUCUUUUUAAUUCGCUUUUUAAAAAAAUCAAGGUAUUUUUGAACUUUUACCAAAGCUUAAAUGCUCCCAGCAAUGCAAAAUACUAGUUAUCUAGACUGAAUCAUCUUCCGAACUAGUUUUGCAAGCAGAUUGUUUGUGUUUGUUUUCAUGCCUUUCAUAUGCUUACUCCAUGUGCUUGUGACCAUACAGCUAUCUGGAAUCCAGAACAGAAGAAUUGUUUGUCUCUCUGUUUCCUUUACUGCUAUGUGGUUGCCAAAACUACCUGGCUCCGUGCCCAGCUCCUUAGAUUUACCCUAUCCCUCCAGUACUGCAGGUGCAUUUCUCUUCUUGCCUGAAGAAUUGUACACAAGCCCUCUGCUCUUAGUGCAAGGAGGCAUUUUCUGCAGGUCUGGAAUGUGGCCAUUAACUCAUUCCCUUUCACUGUUUUGAUAGGCCCCCUGGCAUGCUGGGCCUUAACAGUGCUAAUUUUAGAACUGUUUGUUCUGCGGAGGUCAUUUUUGUCUUGGGUAUCGAAUUUGGAUUGCACUAUCUCUUCUGUCAGAGUAGUUCAGCAGUGGCUGUGUCACCCUGUUAGCACUUGGGAUUGUCAAAGACAACUGCUUGCCCCUGUGGCAGACUAUUAACAGAAUGGUAGUGCCCUAGAGGUGAUGGGGUGUCAAAUACAGUUGCUGGUCAUUAGAAAUGUGUAUACUCUUUUUAUCUAUCUAGCGCUCUCUCUGUCUCUCUCUCUCUGCGUGUGCGUGUGUGCGCGUGUUGUGUGACCAUAAAAUUUAGAAACAUUAUUAAUGGGUAUUGGAAGCCUGUCUUUGUUUCUUAGCGGCACUGUUUCACAGUGCUGGGGUUUCCAGAAUCAACAUUCUCCUUUUUUACUGCUCACUUUUAUGAGAUUCCCCUUAAGGCUGAUUCUCUUUACCAUCAUUUUCUCACCAGAUGAACUUGGCUUCCAAUGCCACCAAAGUCCCAGCAAUGCUUGGAGCCUGAUUUUCAAUAUGAUUCUCAGAAACAGAGCAUACUGUCUGCCAAUCAGGUCACCCGCUAUUCUUGCUAUAGAGUCUGUCUGGGCUGGGUGCUGGAAAUGUAGAGGCGGAAUGCUUAAUAUCUUAAUUAUCCACACCCAGCAAUCUGUAAAGCAGAAAAAUGCACCCGCCCUUGCUGCUGUGCUGUGUUGUUCUAAAUAAAUAACACAUUCUUGUAGAAACACUUUACAGCAGUGGCACUUGGACCACCUUGGUAAAAGAGCAGCGUGCUGCAUAGCUCAGCACAUAUAUAGCUAUGUGCAUCUUUAGCUGUACAGCUAAGCACAAGAGGGACUACAGAAUAUAUGACCAUAAAUUUAAAUUCAUUGUUGCCCUAUAAACCUUAGAAGGAAGGAAUGUGGUUUUAUCUCAUUUCAGAGCAAAGAUAAAGUAGAUAUUAAGACAGAGUCACGUGAUGCUGUUUACUAGAUGAACAGAGAUACAACUGCCAACUAAGGCUGCAAUCCUUAUCUCACUUACCUGGGAGUAAGCCCUGUUGAAAUCAGUAAGACUUACUUCUGAGUAAGAGUGGUUAGGAUUGUGCUGUAGGUGACUCAUUCAGGCCUUUGAAUUUUACCCCUAUAAUUUAUGCACCCUGUACAAAUGCUUUGAUUUUGGCCUAUAUAUUUGCAACAUUCCAGCUACUAUGCAUAGAAGAGAUAUUUCCGGAGAGGUGACCUUGCUAGUCCAUUGCAGCCAGCAAAAAUUGCAAGAGUCUGUUACUGUCAGUGUUUCCACACUUAAACUUUAAACUAUUGACCCAGUUUGCAUGUUAUACUAAGGCGAGCCAUGGUCUAGAGCAGGGGUCUGCAACCUUUAAGACAAAAAGAGCCACUUGGACCCGUUUCCGAAGAAAAAAAACCUGGGAGCCGCAGAACUAACGCACGCACCGCCCCCAUGCGACUUCACAGCCAGUACAGCGCCCGCCACAGUGGGGAGUGUCAGGGUGCACAAUGCGCCUCCUCCCCUCGCUAGUAUCCACCCCGGAGCCGCGGCAAAGGUGUAAAAGAGCCACAUGCGGCUCCGGAGCCGCGGGUUGCAGACCCCUGCUCUAGAGCAAACGGUGAGAGGAGAUCCCAGAAAAGAGAUCACAGCCACUUUGUUCCUCCCUGAUCACUUUGCUGCUGGGCUGGGCUGAGCUGAGUUAAACCAUGUUCAAAUCCAGACUUGUGCUUUUGUACUCUCCAGACAAACCAUAACUUAUAGCUCACAGUUCAGUUUGCCCAGACUGAGCUAAAUCAUAAGCCCAGAUCCAAAUAUAUAGCAUUCUAAGCCAAACCAUGGCUUAGAAUGCUAUAUGUCCUCACGGUUUAAGUUUUACCUGGAAAGUAGUGAUGUCCUAAUACAAAAUGGAUUAAAAAAAGAAAAUAGUGAUGUCUGGGAAUCUGAAAUCCAUCCUCAAACUCUUUUAAUCCUAUCAUUUCUUAUGUCUGUUCUUGCCACAACCACCACCUUUAUUGCUACAUCGAGUGCCUUUUCCCUCUUGUAUUUCAUUCCUUCUAAAGUGAUCCUGGGCAAUCGCACCACCACAUAGCCCAUCAUAUUUAGCUGUAUGCUGGUAUUAUUUCUAAAGUUAUAAUGUAGACCAUUAUAGUGACAGCAGUGUUUCUUGUACUGGUCACAUUGGGUAGAAUGGUCCAUCAGUUGUUAACACAUAGGAAGGGAAACGCAUUGGACUUGGUGACCUUGGGCUAGUCACACUUCUCUGAAGUCUCUCAGCCUCACUCACCUCACAGAGUGUUUGUUGUGGGAGAGGAAGGGAAAGGAGAAUGUUAGCCGCUUUGAGACUCCUUAGGGUAGUGAUAAAGUGGGAUAUCAAAUCCAAACUCCUCUUCUUCUUUUUUCAAUUGUACAUACCAUACUUUUCCGUCUAUAAGAUGCCCCAGUGUAUAAGAUUACCCUAUUUUGGGGGACUCAAAUUUAAGAGUUGUGGAGCUUUUUUAGGGGGGAUUGCCGAAAAUCGCUCACCCGCACGUGUCAGUCAAUCCACUUCAAUCUGCUUCCCAUCUGUCCAUCAUCUCCCAUCUGUCCCAGGAGCUGCAAAUUGCCUGCCCAAGCACUGGAGCAUCAGCCACUCAACACCACCUAUUGACGCAGCAACCAAUAACACGCACAAUAGCUGCUGACAGCCGUGGCAGUAACCAAUCAAAUGUCCACCCUAUGCACUACCCAUGUAUAAGACGACCCCCACUUUUUAGCACGAUUUUAAAGGAAACAUAGUCUUUUUACACAGGAAAGUACAGUACAUUUGUGUAACAAUGUUGCCUAAACCAGGAAUUGCUAUCUUGUCUGUAAAUACACAUGGGCAUACUUACACAAUAGUACUCAUCAAUAUUCUGUUCACCCCUCCCCUCAGUUACUCUAACCACACACCAUAAGCGAUGGCAGAAAUAAUGUAGGACCUUCUACACUUGUGCAAGCACAGUUCCUCAAUUUAUUUAAAAAAAACUGUGUAUAUAUAUCUCCGUAUCCCUGAUCCGUAUACUUGGCUGAACCUUUACUGAGCACCAGAAUCUUAGGGAGUUAAUAAUGUAGUCCCUUGGGUUCAUUAAAGAGGAAGCAAGCAGCCUUUUUCCAACACCCAUGCAAGAGAAUUGUAAGCAGAUGCUUUAACACACAUUUCAUUGUUAAAUAGGCAUUGUUCUCAAGUUUGUUACUAUGGUGUUGGCUCCGGUCUGUUUAUAAUCUGACUCCAUUUCAUUGUGCUUGGUGAUAAAAUCUCUGGUCUAUUGACUCUGGCAGGGCUUGUUGUCUCAACUCUCAUUGAGGGAGCAUUAAUUGUGGAAACACUCAACGCCAUCUGUGUAAUUUAUACCUAAGGAAGUGCACUUACUAUUUCAUAAGGCCAAUGUAUUUUGUGAAUUUUUAAAAUAAAUAAGCAACUUCAGUAACAUAUAAUUUAGCUCCAUGCAUUUUGUUUGCUGACAUACAUCCCAAAAACUCUGAUCCUUCAGUGAUGUGCUUUGUAAUGUGUUUUACAGCACAAUCCUACAUGUUUAACCUGAAGUUACUUCCAUUAUAAGGGACGCGGGUGGCGCUGUGGGUAAAACCUCAGCGCCUAGGACUUGCCGAUCGCAUGGUUGGCGGUUUGAAUCCUCGCGGCGGGGUGCGUUCCCGUCGUUCGGUCCCAGCGCCUGCCAACCUAGCAGUUCGAAAGCACCCCCAGGUGCAAGUAGAUAAAUAGGGACCGCUUACCAGCGGGAAGGUAAACGGCGUUCCGUGUGCUGCGCUGGCUCACCAGAUGCAGCUUGUCACGCUGGCCACGUGACCUGGAUGUGUCUGAGGACAGCGCUGGCUCCCGGCCUAUAGAGUGAGAUGAGCGCACAACCCUGGAGUCUGUCAAGACUGGCCCGUACGGGCAGGGGUACCUUUACCUUUACCUUACUUCCAUUAUGUUCAGUGGAACUUAAUGCUUAGUCAACAAUGCAAUCCUCAGAAGUAAGUCCCAUUGAGUUCAAUGGGAAUACCAAAAUGAAGAGUUGAGUAACAGAAGUGUGCCAACCUUAAGCUACUUGAGUCUGCUCUUAAAAGUGUCUUCCUGUAGAUUUUAAAUACUGCAACCAGCAUAUUCUGCAUGGGUGGGAGGAAAUGGAACAUCACUGAAUUUAAAAAAAUGAAAAGGCUCUCUUUCAACAGAGGAAACCGUAUAAAUACACAUGCUAAGUGGCUAUCUCUGUUAAUUAGAAGCAAGGGAGAAUUGCUGGUAUAAUAUACAACGUAGGAGAAAGGAGAUACAGAUGCUGUUGGAAGAUUCUCCUUCAUUUGUUUCCAAUAAAUAUUUGCCAGAUUCCCAUGGGUGAUGCUUAUGCAAACUAGGGGCUGUAUCAUUAAUUACGUUUGCGAUUUCAGGAGUGUCCUUAUAUAAACUCAAGACCUUAGCUUUCAUUUUGUGCUGCGAACUGUGCAACCCAACAGUGUGGCUGCAAUUACUGAUGAUACAACUCAGGUUUUAAUAUAGUUUCCUAGUCUUUUAUGUUUCAAAUUAUGAGCAAUGACAAAGCAAUGAAAUCACCUUUUUAACAGAGCUGCAAAAUGAAAGGAGUAAGACCUCAAAAGGGAAACAAGAGUAUCACAGCUCACAAGGGAAAUGUGGAUAAGUGUGAAAACAUUCCAGCCAGGCACAGUGAGAAUUAUGAGUUGUUAAUAGUUGGAGCACAUUUUGGCUCUUUCAGGUUAUUAACGGGAACAUUUUAGAACUCAAGUUUGCAUAGGAAAUAGCAGUUUAUCAGCAUUCAUAUCACAUAAUCAGAACCCCGCAAAAAGUCAACUGUGCUACAUUUUGAAUGCAUAUGCAUGAAUCUAAAUGCAGAUAUCUAUGAUUUUUCAGCUAGCAGCAAAAAGGAGAGGGAAGAAAGUGGGAGAGAUUCUUUCACUUGAAAGGUCAGCCAUCAGAGCAAUGCUGAAUUUUCAUUCUUUAACAUUUACAAGGAGUAAAAAAGUAUUCUCCAAAGCUUUGCUUUCAACUUUGUCAUGUGGUUUUUCAUGUCUGUUCAAAACCAUUGCUCUCAUUCUGCUUCUGUUCUGGUGUCACCUUUAAAAAAAAAUUAACUGUGCUGCUUCUUUCUCCCCCAGCGCAUGAUUUUAGCUGGUCAUGGUGAAUAUGAUCACAUAUAGUGAGUAUGAGCACAUCAUGUAGUCAUGUAUCUGCUGACACCAGUGAGUGCAAAAGAGAAAGCUAUUGUCAUUGAAUGUGCAUUGGAAUGCACAUCCAAGUACCGGUACACAUCCUACUUAUAGCACUAAUUGUCAGAAUCCAUUCUCAGCUCUACAUAUCAGUGUUCAUUCAACUGCAUUCCAUAGCCAAUGUUCUGUUUGGUAGCUUCAUUGCCACACCACAAGCUUGGCAAAACAGAGAGCAUUGUUGCAGUUGCUGAGGCAAUAGAGGUGCCCCUGUAAAUACAUUUUGUUUCCCUUUCAAAUGCCCCCAGUAUCUCUCUGAAAAUAAUAACACUUUUGAAAGGGUAUACAAGACUUGGUCCCUUUGUUCAGCUCAUCUCUCCUAUACACAACUUCAGUACAGUGGUACCUCGGGUUAAGUACUUAAUUCAUUCCAGAGGUCCGUUCUUAACCUGAAACUGUUCUUAACCUGAAGCACCACUUUAGCUAAUGGGGCCUCCCACUGCCGCUGCACUGCUGGAGCACAAUUUCUGUUCUCAUCCUGAAGCAAAGUUCUUAACCCGAGGCACUAUUUCUGGGUUAGCGGAGUCUGUAACCUGAAGCGUAUGUAACCCAAGGUACCACUGUAUAUUUGGAGCCUAAAUCUAGUCUCCUACCAACAAUCUGAAAGCAACAUUAGAAAAGUAAAACAGGUUAUCUAAUUCAAACAGAUCAUAAAGAUGAUAACAGUAUGCUUUGUGUAACAUUACAUUUUACUGAGUGGGAGAUGUUACAUAGUAGUGAACACAUAAUUUGAGAUAUAGUUUUUCAUUUCCACUAUAUAUUUUCUACAGCAUCAAUAGGCAUAUCUAGCUUGGAAAAUUGAAGAUCGACAAAGGGAAGUAUCUAGGGAUGGACAAACAAACCUAUUUCAAUUCUACGUCAGUUUCAUUGGUGCUCAAUCAUAGGUCUGUUCUGGCCUGCUGUUUUGCAGAUAUUUUGAAAGAGUAAAUAAUAAUAAUAAUAAUAAUAAUAAUAAUAAUAAUAAUAAUAAUUUAUUAUUUAUACCCCGCCCAUCUGGCUGGCUUCCACUCUGGGCGGCUUCCAUAGAAACCAAAAAUACACUAAAAUAUCACACGUUAAAAACUUCCCUGAACAGGGCUGCCUUAAGAUUCUUCUGAAUGUCAGGUAGUUGUUUAUCGCUUUGACAUCUGCUGGAAGGGCGUUCCACAGGGCGGGCGCCACUACCGAGAAGGCCCUCUGCCUGGUUCCCUGUAGCUUUGCUUCUCGCAAUGAGGGAACCGCCAGAAGGCCCUCGGCACUGGACCUCGGCGUCCGGGCAGAACGAUGGGGGUGGAGACGCUCCUUCAGGUAUACUGGACCGAGGCCGUUUAGGGCUUUAAAGGUCAGCACCAACACUUUGAAUUGUACAAUUUAUAUUUAAAUUGUAAACAUUUUAUACACAUUCUUCUCUUAAGAUGCAUGUUCUUGUAUGUACUCUUUACAAAAAAUGCAUAAGUUUGUGCAUUUUUCAUACUGAAUGCAUCACAAAAUCUGGAAAAAAAUAGUAAUUUGGCUGAUAGUUGUUUUAUAAUGUGCAAGCCAGUUGAAGGCUCAAAAACUGGGCUGGUCCAUUGCAAAAAGCAGACCAAACUUCUCCUUCACCUUUAGAAAUAACUAACCCAGGAAGAGGCAGAAACCUGAACUGUGUUAACUUCAACAGUAUUAAGCCUGAGAGCAUAACAUGGAAGUCAAAAGCUAGAUUUUUCAACAUAGUUGAAUUGGAGUUCUUUCAGCGCUUGAAUUCUGCAUGCUAUGACUGGUUAGGGGGUGCCAGCACACUCUUUAUUAAGAAGUUACACUGAUUUUUCUUUCCCCAAAAUGGGUGACUAAGCUCUGGGCAUUGACUAUAAUUGAAACAAGAAAGUCAGUACAGGGAGGGAGGGCGUCUGCAGUUUCUGCUGGGAAUUGUAUGAAUUCAUGUUCCUUUGAGUCUUAAAUAUCUAAAUUGCAUGGGGUUAGUGGUGAGGGAGAGAGCGCCUGGUUUCCUUCAUUCUAUAGGUGUGGGAAAAAAAGAAAUCUGCUCUUAAUCUCAAGGAUUCUCUUACUCAAAUAAACGGAGUCUCUUGAGGCAGAUGGGUUCUAUGGAGCUCUUGUUAACCCCAGAGCCAAUUCCCUGGGUGGAGAGCUGUCCUUUGUUCAUGAUGUCAUGGUCAAAUGGAACCAGAAACACGAAACACUAGAAGAUUGUGAGCUUUUUUUGUUUUUGAAAUGUAAUUAUAUGUGUAUCGAGGAAAUUUAGGAUAGCAGGUUUUCAUCUCCCCCCUGACCUUUGCUACUGAGUUAAUGAAAGGGUAGAUGGAUCCACUUUGAAUAUGAGCUUCAAACAACCCUUGAUAGCUCAGUCUUUAUUACAGCUAACCAUGUUGUUGACAUUUUGUCAGAUACCAAAGGGUGGGUUGGUGUGUGUGUGUGUGUGUGUGUGUGUAAAUAAAUAAAUAAAUAAAUAAAUAAAUAAAUAAAAACAUUUGUAUGCUGUUUCUUCACAGCUUGAGGCAAUAUCACAUUUGUAUGCUGUCUUUUCAGGGCUUGAGGCAAUAUCUAGCAAAUAAACCAUCAACUGUAAUAAAAAAGGAACAUUUAAAAUAACAGUGCACUUUCUAGCAGCAGUACGAUAGGACCAAAACACCCUUUCCACAGCUGUAGGACUCCUGGAUGAGGUAGACUUUGUGUCCAUUUGCAAAAGCCACCAGAAAAGUACAAUUUUCUGUCUCAUUCAGCAGGUUGUGCCAUAAUGUCAGAGCAAUUGCAGUAAGAGUCCUGCUCCUCUUCACCAAUUAUUCUUUCUUCAUGCACUACAGCCAGUCAGAGCCAUGGCAGAGGUUAUUUUGUCAUAUCCUUCAAUAGCUAUUUACAUUUUAUUGAAUGAUCUAAAAGCAAAACUGGGAUUCUGAAAACCAAAAAGAAGAAAGGAAAUGUAGACUGGAUGCCAGCAAAGCUCCUGUUGGCCUCAACCUAUAAAAGUGAACAACUAAAAAGGGGGGGACAUAGGGAGGUUAAUAAUGGAAUUAUAAUGAAGGAUCACCACUGCAUAGGGACUGACAAAUACAUGUGAAGCACUUGGAUGUAAACAAAUACUUGUAUUAUAAAAGUGUAAACAGGCAUUGCAAGGACAAAUACAAUUUAUACAAUAGUCAAUUAGCACAGUGUUUAUGGGGAAGUUGGAGGUGUUGCAAUGAGCUACACAGGUAAUUAUAGUAAAUAAAACACAUUCCAUUUUAUGGUAGAGUCAACCUAUUAAUCCAGGUUGAACUCUGCUCUGAAUGAUGAAUUAUUACGAAUGCAGCAAGUAGCUGAAGUAGAGGCAAAAGGCAAAAAUUAUUGGCUUACAAACUGGUGGGUUACCAAUUUAGUGACUUGAUAUGGGGCCCCAGUUUUCUUCUUGAGCUGUGCAUAGUUCAGCAAGCAUGCCUAGAAAUUGUGUUCUGGCAUAGUAAAAAUUUCUCUCUCAAAAGUGAAAAUCAGUGUAGCAAUUUCAAUCCACUCACAAAUUUUGCAUCGUGUAUGUGUCUGAGGUGGGGAAGCAAGUAAGGGAAAUCUAAGCGCCUACUACUGCGAGAUACUAGACAAACCUACUUUCAUUGGCAUGGAUAUAAGAGAAUUAUCGUUCUAUUUACUUUAUUUUUUGGCAGAAUUUAACAGCAUAGGACUAUAAUGUGUAAUUGCAAAAGCACUCAAGAUACCACUCUUAGUUAAGUUUACCAUCACUGAGGUCCACUGAGGCUGAUUAUCCUUAACAACUACCAUCUAAUGCUCAGAGAAAUAGAGAAUUCAAAGGAUUUGACAUAAAUGUUAUGUACUGAUGAAUAUCUUGGAGAAAAAACAUACUGUGAUCACGUGUACAGUGCAGCAUAAAAUAUGGAAUAGUAUUCCAUAAAGGCAGUUGGGUUUUAUUUUUAGUGGUCUUCCGGUUUGGUCUGCCCUAAUUUUUGUGACCCUUUUCUGGUUGUGUCCUUCAUGAGCAAAGAGAGCAAACCUUUUGGAGGUGGAAGCAUAUAGCUGCUGCUAUUAAACUAAAUGGAUUUCAACUAGUUCAAAUAGCAAGCGGGGGAAAUCAUUUAUAUCUGGAUUGACAACUUGCAAAGAAAGAUUUCAUUUCAGCGAAUGAUGUUAAUCCCUGAGAAUUGGACUGACAAUGGAAACACUGACAGAUUUUAUCCUUAGCAUCGUUUGCUUGACACUGCUUCAUUUACUGGAUUUAGCCUUCAUGGUGAAUCCAGAAAAUAUAGACGAAAAGAACAUUGAAAAAAACUGCUGAAACUGGAACUUUUUUCUUGUGGUUAAAACAAGCCGCCAGUUGAAAUAGAGGCUCUGUUUUCUUAGGGUGGCAGUGCUUGGAAAUCCAAUGAAAUUAUUUUUGGCAUAAACCCGUAAUAGUAGCUCUGUGGUUAUCAUUGCUUAAAGUGGUGGACCUAGAGCAAAACCAUUGUUUUAAUAGGAUAGUCCUACAAAGAGUGUAAUUUUGUACAUUCUGUGUGGCAUGAGGUUUUUCUGUUUUGUGGGAAGAGAACAGCAGCCAGCUUUUGUUCUGAAACAAUUCUCAUUGAUGAAAAUUGAAUUCCAGAACAUUGGGUACAACAACCUAUCUAUUUAUCUACUUUAUUUCAGAAAUUUGUAAACUGCACCUUCAUCCAAAAAUGGAUUUUAGGGCAGUAUACAAUCUAUAGAUAUAAUAUGAAACAUAAACAAUACAAUAAGAUUUAGAGGAACACAACUAUUUAAAUAAAUUUUUAAAAUACUAUAGCAUAAAAUGGCUAGUCAAAUGAAAAGCAAGGCUUUCCCAGCAUCUUCAGACUGAGGAAAACUCCCCUACAGCUUCUCCUCCUCCACAGCCACACAGGAGUAUGCAGCUGCAACAUUUGCUAUGGUGUCUUUUAAAGAUUGCAUACAGCACGCCCAAGGAGAUAAAAAUACUCAAAAGAAAAUGCUAAGAUGGCAGCCUGAAGAUGACGCUGGUGGCCAGUUUCCAUAACUGAGGCAGCAGGGCCCACUAGGAGUUGCACACAGCCCUGAUCAGCUUUGCAUAGCCCCACACCUGAUAUAGGCUUGGAAAGUUUUUGGUAAUCACUACCACUUCCAAGUCAUGGCAGAGCAAGAUGUAUGUCUGUAUGUCUGUCUAUUAUACUAUUUUAUUAAUUUUUACAAGAACAAACAAACAAACAUCACAUAACAACUCCCAUACAUGGAAUUUCCAAAAUCCCUUGACUUCCCUCCACUCCCCCUUCUUGGUUCUUUUGUUUUACAUUUGUUCAUGCAUGCCCAUAAUAUCUUCAAUUCAUAAUAAUUCCCAAUUUUAUACCUUAUCAUAUUACAAGUGUUUUUCGAAAUCCUUCUAACAUAUAAUAUUAUACACAAUGCUUUGAAAAUAUCCAAUAAAUAUUUUUCAUUUUUUCAAAUUAUUGUCCUUUUAUUUUCUUGAGUUCCUAUUUGAUUAAUCAUUGCUGCAUAGUCCAUUAAUUUAUUUUACCGAUCUUCUUUAUCUUCUUUGGUGGGGAGCUUCUUCUUUUUCAUAUUCUGGGGUGAUUGUGGCCAAGCAACUGCUAUCAGAUACAGGAGGAGAUUCUUUGGCAGAGCAAGAAAUUUAGGGCAUUACAUUAAGACUCAGUACAUUGAGUUUGGCUUGUCAGCAAACAAGGUGCCAAUAUAGUUCUUUCAGGACUGAUGUAACAUGGCUGUAUCUCGGAAAACCAAUAAGUGCUGGCAGCUGAAUUCUGUACUAGUUGAAGCUUCCAAAUCAAUUUCAAGGGCAGUGCCACAUAUAACGCACCACAGUAGUCUAACCUGGACUUUACUAGAUCAUGGAUCAUUGAAGCCAGGCUCUCCCUAUCCAGGAAAGGCUACAGCUGGUUAUACAACCAAAGCUGGUGAAAGGUGCUUUGGGAUACUGAAGUCACUUGAGUCACAAGCAACAGAACACCUCAAGGUUGUGCAUCUGCUCCUUCAAGGUGAAUGCAUGUCUCGGGAGAUGAUGGAGGAGUGCAACUUUGGGGGGGGGGGGUUUUGAAGUCAAACUAAUCCUAUCCAAAAUAAGAAAUAAACGAACUUUAGGGAGUCAAGAACCACCAACCCACAGUGCCCCUGUCUUGUCAGCCUCAGUCUCUUCUUGUUGCGCAGGCAAUUGUGACUGAUACAGAAUUAAGAUUGGGUGCAGUAUGCCAGCUGGUUCCAGUAAAGAUCUUGCUGGUGGAGCAACAUUCUGGCCAACACCCAGUUAGGUAUAAGGGACUACCCACAUCCUCCUAAGCUUAGUUUCCCAAGGGAGGAGGAAGAAGAACAUAGUAGUGCAGAAGAAAAUGUACAGGUUAGUGCUGUACUGAAACUUAUCCUCUUGCCUACUUAAAAGUUUGCUUCGCCUGUGUGAAGGAGGCUUCCAUUUUUCUGCUUCAUUCACAUGGAACUUUAUAGAUUUAGUGGGCAAAGAACUGGACCUACUUUUUAAUUGCAAGGUAGCCAUGGGUGGUUUGUGGUUUUUCUUCCAGUUAAAGGUUUCUCCAACAUUCUGCUUCCCUGCCAUUCCUGAUCCGAUCUGAAAAAGCCCCAUGUGACAAGUUAUCUCACAAUUUCUUCCCCUGGGCGUUAAUUGAAAGCAGGUCAGGAGUAGAAGCAACUUGUUGAAUGAGGCGGAACCACUAUGCCAGCUUCCUUGGAAGUGAGUUGGUUAUUGCUUACUGAGAGGAGGAGGGGCAAGGCUGUGAAGAGGUCGUCAUGGUGCAAACACACUGGCCGGAGCACUGGGUCGGCUCCGCAGGUGCAUUUGCACCACUACAACGUCCCCACCAUCUCACUCCCAUCUCUUUCCUGCCUGGUGGCUGCAGCUCCAUGAAGCAACCCACUUCUGCUGGGGAGGUUUACUACUCAGCACAUGAGAUCAGCAAGCUCAGCACAUUGGUUUUUAAGCAGAUUCCUUCCUUUUACUCUUAAACUUUCAGCACCAGUUUCUUUAAAAAUAAAACAAAAACAAAAAAAGCCCCAAACCAGUAAACAGUUGUCAGGCACAUGGUAGGAAGCCUUCUUGAACUUAAAGGAAAGCCCAGCUGAGGUCUAAAGACAUGGCUUAUUCCUGUCUUCAUUUGUUAAUUGGGCUCUUUUGGUCCAGUACCUAUAUUUUCUUAGUGUGAGCUGAGUACCUCAUACAGAGAAGUAAGACCUGACAACCCCCUGCAGUGUAACUGUUGGCUGUUUUCAAUAGGAAAAGCUAAGCAGUCUACUGUUAACAUUUACCCUUAGCAACUUGCUUCAAGAAUUUCCUGCUGUAUAGUUGGCUCCACAGAUUCAAUAAGCCUUGUGAAUGAUGUGUCUGCCAUUACUUGCCUUUUUUCACUACACUUAAUACACUGCUGCUCCUUAUUCUGGAUAUCAUGCCUGUUCCAACCUUGCUAUAAAAGAGUGAUGCAGGCGACUUAAGUCACACAUUUUGGGAAGUGACUGCUCUUACGUUGUCAAUCAUCCUGGAAAAGCUGCACAAUCUCCUCAAAGUUCCACUUUGCCAUGAUGAGGAGUCACCUAGACUCUGGCUAGCAAGGAGAAGCCUGAGGCAUUGCCUCAAACUUGAAGCUGCAGGGCAUUUUUUAGGAUGGGGAAAUGCCCUACCAGAACUCAAAAUUCCCCAUCAAUAAAGUGCCCUUUUGUGUUCACUCAGUUUCUUUCUCAAUAUAAAGACAUGGCUCCCUUUGCCUCUCUGCCCAUCUGACCAGUCUUGUGCCCCUUCUCAGUAAACUCAAAUCCACCCACUACUGCUCAAGUGCCUUUUUCACAGUGUCCCUUCCAAAAUAUUGUUUAUAGCACCACACAGUCAGAGGGCGUAUUAAAACAAAUGGCAAAAAUGCACAUUGAAGACAAUGGGACAUUCCCCAAAAGUUUGUUGGAGAUAAUUGAGCUGUGAUUGUCAGUUGAAAUAAAUACAAAUUUGAAUAUUAAAUGUGAUGAAUGCUUGUGCACUUGAAUAAUUUGCUAUUUUAACAACAGGAAGAGGGCAGAAAAUAGUCUGGAAAAAUUCCUUAUGUCCAGUCGUUUAUAUUGCUGCUGAUGCUAGAGAGGAUGGCAGGGAGAGAAUUUAACCCUGCUUUGCUAAAUACAUAAUAGAUUGGGCUGGGGGUCAAGAAGAAGAGAAAAAGAGCUUGCUUGCCUCUAUGCUGAGAAUUCUCAUACUUUGCAUUCAUUCUUUGAUUUAAUUUGUAACUCUUUGACCUGCUGCAUACUGGUCUUGCCUCACCUUAAUAAACAUGCAGCCCUAAAGGCCAAUGUAGAUAUUUUACUGAAAUGCAAGAGCCAAUUGGAGUGUAAGGAAGCACCUCUAAGCACUCUUAGUGUAUGUCAGAGACAGGAAAGCCUAGAUUGGAGUCUGGGGUCUGUGUUCCGGCUGAUCCGAUAAUUGAACAUUCAUCCUGAUUCGUUUGCAGUGUGCUUAGAUGACAUUGUAUCAUGCAAACAUUAUCCUACACUUUCCAGUCAUUUUCCCCAUGUACAUUUCCCAUGCAAGCGGUCCAAUAUUUGGGGGGAAGAAAGUUUGUUGCAUAAGACCUCUAGAUAAAUUUCUACUGCACAAACUGAGUUUGCCAGUAUGUGACUGAAUCCUACCCAAAAAUAGCAACACUCUGGAAGUGUCCUGCAUUGUGAGAUUAAGUUGGUAGUCAAUCAGCGUAAGAGACUUGGAUGGGUUGUUGGUAUUAUGGCAAAUGCUGAAAGAAAUGCUAAAAGAAGCAUACAAACGUGCAAGAGGCUGCUGAAAAAUGUAUUAAAUUGACAUGCCAUUUUGCCAAGUGCUCAUCAGCUGCUACUAUUUCUACCAACACUUGAGAGAAAGGUAUUUUGGAAUUAGGCACCCACUAGCUGUACUUCUGGAAACAAUUCCAGAUGUGAAUGUCUCUGCCUAGGUAUUGUUUGUGAGCCUAUAUUUGGUUGUAGGGAUGUGGGUGGCGCUGUGGUCUAAACCACUGAGCCUCUUGGGCUUGCCGAUCAGAAGGCUGGUGGUUCGAAUCCGCACAACGGGGUGAGCUCCUGUUGCUCUGUCCCAGCUCCUGCCAACCUAGCAGUUUGAAAGCACGUCAAAGUGCAAGUAGAUAAAUAGGUACCGCUCCGGCGGGAAGGUAAACAGCAUUUCCGUGUGCUGCUCUGGUUCGCUUAGUCAUGCUGGCCACAUGACCCGGAACCUGUACACCGGCUCCCUCGGCCAAUAAAGCGAGAUGAGCACCACAACCCCAGAGUCAGUCACAACUGGACCUAAUGGUCAGGGGUCCCUUUACCUUUACCUUAUGUUAUAUAACACUAACUAAGUUAUUGCAAAAUACUCCCAGCAUAUAUGGCUUUGUUAAAGACCCAAAAAGUUCCUACCUGAAGAUCAGAUGGGUUUUGUAUAGUGUGGAUCACAUUUCUCCUUCCCUUCCCACUUUUCUAUUCAAAGACAUGUAGAAUGGCCAACACGAUGAAGAAUGCAAGUAGAUAAAUAGGUACCGCUGUGGCGGGAAGGUAAACAGCAUUUCUGUGCAGUCUGGUUUCCGUCGCGGUGUUCCCUUGUGCCAGAAGCAGUUUAGUCAUGCUGGCCACACGGCCCGGAUAGCUGUCUUUGUCUGUAAAUCCCUUUGGGUAUGAGAAGAAAGAUAACCAAAAAACUGACCCACAGUGCUGCAUAAAAGAGACAACCAUUGGAAAGGGAGAUGGCUAUUAUCAAGUCAUAAGAUCUGAUGUGAAGUUUAUUGGCAGAAUUGAAAUGAUUACUUGAAGCUGUUUAAGAAUGAGGGGGGAUAUUUGUUGCUUGUAAACUGCGGCAAGACUAUAGAGGAAAGGGGAGAAGCACUCAGAGAAUAGGACUUUUCUAACUGCUAGUGGUGCAAGAGCUGAAUGGAGAAGAUUCAGCUGCCUGACUUUCAGAUUUGCUUCUCAGACACAGUCUUCUCCAUCAGUUGUUUCUAGAAUGUCUCCUGUAUGUUUUAAUUAUUUUUUGCUGUAGCUUGGCUUAUCCUCUUGAACUUUGUGUACAUUAGUUGCUGAUUCUGACCUAAUUGUAGUGUGGAUUGUGUUAAGUUGAUGGUUUUUAAAGUCCCUUUGUAACAAAGGUAUCUCAGUGUGUGGAGAGUUGGACAGACCAGUUAUUUAUCUUAUUAGUGUUCUGCUGAUUGAAUACAUUUAAAGGAGCUUUCAGAGAUGAUAGAUAGAUAGAUAGAUAGAUAGAACACAAGCUUAAUGUGCAUUUAUAGAUAACAGACUGAUCCUAUGCAUGUUUAUGUGGAAAUAAGUCUUGAUACAUUCAGUGGGGCUUCUGAGUAAACAGAAAUAGGAUCAGGGUGCAAUUUGCAGCGAGCUUUCAAGCUGGUACCUUAUAACAAUUUCAGUCUUUCUCAAUGAAACGUUCUUUCUUUUAAUAAUUUUGUGUUUAAUAUCUAAGGGGGAAAGAGCUUUGCUAUUGGUAUGAGGAAACUGAUUACUAUUUCAUCAACAAUUCAAAACUUUACUACUGGGAAAGGAAAGCCCUGCGUUUUACUAGAACAGCUCUAGCAGUAUGGAGAGUUCAGUAAGUUUAUACUUCAAUAUUCUGUAUAGCAACAUGUUAAAGGCUUUCGGGGGGGGGAUGCACAUUGAAAUAUGCUCUUACGUUUAUUCAUCUCAAAUAAAUACUGUCCCCUAUUCCAUAUUCACAAUUAUUUUUUCAUAACAGAAUUCCCAAUUUACCCAUUAAGGAUACAUUAUAGAAAUGGUAUACAGGAUCAACAUCACUCUGGUUUUGAGUGCAACAGAGUCAUUAAACUAGAAGCAGGGGUGUGUAGAAGUCAUUAAAUGAUUUUUAAUCAUUUGAUCAAUUUUGAAAUAAUUAAAAGAGUAUCAAACAAGAUAGCGAGACCGUUUCAGUGAAUUGUGUGUCCUUGAAUUUUAUAAAAGGGAGGAUACAUGAGUCCACAAAUUUCAAGCUAAUUAUUCUUUCCAAGGAUCUUUUAAAGGCUUUUGGUAUUUAAGCUGAUUUUUGCCAUGGAAAAGUGAUAAAGGGGAGGGGAGGAUUCAAAAAACAGGAUUCCAGUUGUGGCAAAGCACCACUGGGAGGGGACCAAGGUUUCCUCGGAAAUGGGUGGAGAGAGACAAAACUUGUUCUUCUGCUUGUUCUUCAGACAACAAAAUGCUUUGGGACAGCCAUGAUUACAUUGCAAUACAUGCAAUUAGUUAAUUGCGGCAAUGGAAGCUUAUCCAGUUGGCAUUACCAUAUGCCAGACUAUAUUUUCUCCCUGUUGAUAAAACUGUGAAAUUUUUCAUGCUGAAGCCAUUGUGAAAUCCUACCUGAUAAAACUUACAAUGAGAUAUACUUGCAAGCUAUGCCUGCCGUUGGCAUUAUUGCUCUCCUUGAAGAUAGAUGCAUCUGUGAACAGCAUGCUCUGUGAAUAUUAAUAAAAUUUCUUACCAAGAAACAAUAGUGCUAUAGGGUCUAUGAAUGGAAGAACAGAAAUGACCUUUGAUGUGGUUCCCAUACUGAAGUGUAUUCAUUGCGGAUGAUGCACAGAACUGUGCCAGCUUGAAACUCCAUGUGACAAUCAUACCUGACCUGUGUCCUUGCUUUUUAAUCCUUCCUCUUUCCUCUGUCAAUCUAUUUCAUCAACAAGAAUAUCCAAUUUGAUUUUUUUAAUGUUAGGAAGCUGACAUGGAAGCAAAUACCCUAAUACUAUUUAACUAUGUAAUAAAAAAAACCAAAGGAAGGGAGAUAAAUCCUUUCUUGAAUGUUGCUACAGUUCAAAGCAGCAAAUUUGCCCAUGUAUUUAACCCCAAACAGCAUUUUAUGGCCAUCCCUAACCUCCUUUUUCCUAUUCAGAAGGGAGUUACAUACCAAGGGAUUGUAUUUAAACAACAAAGGUGGAGAUGCUACUAUGUGCUAGUGUCUGGAUUUUGUUGUGCAAACCUUUUUUCAUUAGCAUCCCUAUUGACAUCAGAAAACUCGUUUGAGCUGUCCUGACGCAUCUGACUUUCAUUUGAAUUGUUCAGGAAAUGGGGCCUGCGUAUUCCUGCAGUAUAUGGCUGGUGUGCUUCUUUUGCCCUUGCCCAAGAAGCAUCUGUCACUUCCUGCCACUCAGCACAUGGCUUCACUCUGGAUCUAAACAUGAUUUGAGGUGUGCCAGAGAGGUCUGGCUAAUGAGUGCCCUUUGUCUAGGAGGGCUUUGCAACUGAUGCCUAGUAUCAGAGUCUGAACCAUUUCCUUAUGAGAGCUUAGUCCACUCAGUAUAUUCAGCCAAAACACAACAAAAAGAAGGGGAAAUCAAUCUUGACAACAUUUACUCAGUUUACAUUUGUUACAUGCAUUUCAACUCCCUGAAAUCAAUGCCCUUAAGCAGCCUAAAUUGUGGGUUGAAUUGUUUAUUACUCUUUUCUCUGGCUUUCGACAUUUGAGGUGUAUAUUUUUAGGACCCUCCAUUCUUUUGUGACUGCAGGUUGUUCCAAACAGUUUUUAAUAUUGUGUCUUCAUGUUGUAACCUGCCCUGGGAAAUUAAAGUGAAGUGUUGGUAAUAAAUUAAUAAUAACACCAUAAUAUAUUAAUGCUUCACUACUGACAAAACUGACAAAUGUAGAUGGGUUAAUGGUCAGGUCAGGGCUUAUAUAUUGGUUUUAAAUUCAGUAUAUCAGUUUUUUUGCAAGUUUCUUACAUGUUAUUUGGAUAUAUUUUUAGGAAGCUGAUUAUGUCCAUACUGCGUGUCUAGUAUCUUGUUUGGAGAUAUACCAGUUCUGGCCUCCCUGUGGAAAUAUUUAAUUUAAUUUCAUUUAAUUUAUUAAAUUUGUAUACCGCCCUUCAUCUGAAGAUCUCAGGGCAGUUCACAGCAUAAAAAUGCAAAAUAAAAACACAAAAUACAUAAUAAAAAUGAAAACAAAACCAUAAGCCCCUCUCCCACAAAUUUAAACACAUUUAAAAGGACAUGGAAUGUUAAUCAGCCCUUCAAGGCCUGGUUGAAGAGAAACAUUUUCACCUGACAUCUAAAGAUGUAUAACGAAGGCGCCAAGCAAGCCUCCUUUAGCCAUGUUUGCUAUCUUUGUGGCUCAUUCCAAUCUAGGAGAAGAAAAUAAUUCUUGUGAGAUAGAUAAAUAUCUUUCUCCAAAGGUUCCCAUGUAACCAGUGGAGAGUCUUGCCAGGAGCAGCACUCCGCAUUAAAGCCCCCAAACAAUGGCUCUAUAAGUCAUCUCCUAAUAACAAAAACCACAAGAAUUAACAAUAACCCAGUUAUGAUUUCCUAGUGUUCCCACUUUAUGAAGCACAUCACUGCUAUGUGAGUUAGUCUUUCUGAAAGGGGUGGGGAGGAAAGCCACAUCUGGCAUCCACAUGCAAGGCCUUCGCGAAGAAGAUGAAAUAUUUUAACAGUGCACUUUCACGGGGACUGCCUUAUCAGCACAUAUCUAUUGACUAGGCUUGAAAUGGAACCUUUUGCAUGUCGCCCUUUUUUUUUUUGCUCACAGUAAUGUUCCUGGUCUGUUCUCUCCUAGGUGCAUAGCGUAAUGUCCAUGCUGUGCUACACUCUGAUUAUAGCAUUUCUGAUCGGCAUACGGGCAGCACCAAAAACUGAAGAUAAUGCACCACUGGGGUCUCCUGCAACAUCUGGCAUUUCUGAAAGCAGACGGACUAAAACACACCACAUUAUGAAAACGUCUCAGCACAGAGACCACAGCCAGCCUGUUACUGGGAAGGUAGUGAACAGGAAAUCCGGGCAAGCUGCAAGCAUCAUAGUGGAUCCAAAGCUUUUUCAGAAGAGGAGGUUCCAGUCACCUCGGGUUUUGUUCAGCACUCAGCCUCCACCUUUGUCAAGGGAUGGACCGAGUGUGGAGUUCCUAGACAGCACAGACUCUACGAACAGGACGAUCCGAGCCAAGCGCGCAGCUCACCCUGUGCACAACCGAGGAGAGUACUCUGUGUGCGACAGUGUUAGCGUGUGGGUUGCCAACAAAACCACAGCGACAGACAUUAAAGGCAAAGAGGUGACUGUGGUGGUGGACGUAAACUAUAACAACUACCCUUACAAACAGUACUUUUUCGAGACCAAGUGCAGAGACCCUAAGCCGGUGUCCAGUGGGUGCAGAGGCAUUGAUGCCAGGCAUUGGAAUUCCUACUGCACCACCACACACACCUUUGUCAAGGCACUGACAAUGGAUGGCAAGCAGGCAGCUUGGCGCUUCAUUCGGAUUGACACUGCCUGCGUAUGCGUAAUCAGUAGGAAAACAGAGAACCUCUGAGAUAGACCAACCCUCCAUCUUAUACCCACCUCCUCCCAGCCCCCUACCUCAGCCUGUAAAUUAUUUUAAGUUAUGAG